AUGACCAAACCAUCAUGCGGAACUUUAGCCCACAACUGUAUACAGCAAGAACAAAGCCUUUCAACCAAACAGCAAACACUAUAUACUGGCAUUGAUGUGGUAGGGAAAUGUUAGUAGGGAGUCAUAAUUCAAUACUGGUCAAACAUUUGUCUUUAACUCUUUCCUUAAUAUAUGGCCUUGCUAAACCCAUAAUUCUUUUCAUUUUGUUAGCAGAUCCUUUUUCACCAUAUGUGUUUGCCAUCCCCGAUCACAGCCUCUCAUUGCAUUAGGUUGCAUGGAGCCCCCUGUCUUCUCAUGGGCAAAACACUCUGUCUUGCUAUAAUGUGUUUCCUCUCUCUCAUGAUCAGGACCUAAGGGAAGCCUAUAACAAGGAGCAGACGGCUCUUCAACAACUUCAGAAAAUCAAGCAGGAAAAAGCAAGGGAUAUUCAGCGCAAACAAGAGGAGCUUGCACGGAUGAAAAAGGAAGAAGAGGAAGCUGCAAGGUAACACUGCAGUGAUAAGAUGUAUAUUCUCUCUCUCCAUAGUGCAUAUAGACAACCUUCAUGUCUACAGUUGGACUUUGGGAAGUCUCCUUUAGAUAACAGAAACCCAGAUAAAUUAUGUUUUCAGAACUAUCCAAGAAUUAAAAAGCAUUCUACAUUGAACACAUAAUUAUAUUUACUAUUCUGAUUCCAACCUUUACCUUUGAAAAAAAAAAAAAAAGUUAAUUUCAUCUUAAUGUGCUCACAGUCUACAGUAAUACAUUACUUAUGGGUUAUUCCUUAACCUAACUGGAGAGGUAGAGCAAUCCGAGAUUGACUUUAAACACUUUGUCCUGCCUGCUCCUUCCAAUGGGCAUUCCUCAGUCAUGGUUCUGCCUUUUUUGGAGAUGCAUUCCAUCUGAAGCUUGGCUGUACAUCAGGAGACUAUAUCCGUGGGCAGUCUUCGAGUCAGUUGAAAAUACACUGAUCAGCCAUAACAUUAAAACAAAGUUGAAGAGAAUGACGUUGACUAUAUCGUUACAAUGGCACCUUUUGAGGGGUGGGAUAUAUUAGGCAGCUAGUGAACAGUCCAUUUUUGAAUUUCAUGUGUUGGAAACAGGAAAAAUGGGCAAACAAAAAGGUCUUAGUGACUUUGACAAGGCCAAAUAGAGAUGGUUAGAUAACUGGGUCAGAGCAUCUCCAAAACAGCAGGUCUUGUGGUAUGUUCCCAAUACCCUGUGGUUAGUACCUACCUAAAGUGUUUAAAAUUGCUCAAGUGCUCUGAAAAACAUAAUUAUAGCCAUGAUAGAAAGGUUUCACAACACACUUUGCAUUGCAGUUUGCUGCAAAUGGGGCUGCGUAGCCACAGACCAGUCAGUGUCCACGAUGACCCCUGUCUACUGCCGAAAGUGCUUUCAGUGGGGAUAUGCUGGACCAUGGAGCAAAGGAAGAAGGCUGCCUGCUCUGAUGAAUCACAAUUUUUAUUUUUUUGAUGCACUAUGGGAAGAAGGCAGGCCAGCGGAGGCAGUGUUAUGCUCUGGGGAAUGUUCUGCUGGAAACUUUGGGUCCUGACAUUCAUGUGCCUGUUACUUUGACACACACCAUCUACCUAGAGAUUGUUGCAGAUCAUGUACACCCUUCAUGGUAAUGGUGUUCCCUGAUGGCGUUGGCCUCUUUCAGAAGGAUAAUGUAACCUCCAACACUGCAAACAUUGUUCAGGAAUGCUUAGAGGAACAUGACAAAGAGCUUAAGGUGUUUCCUUGGCUUCCAAAAUCCCCAGAUCUCAGCCCGAUUUAAUUUGUGCUGAAACAACAAAUCUGACCCAUGGAAGCCCCACCUUGCAGGCAGGACUUAAAGGAUCUGCUGUUAAUGUCUUGGUUCCCGAGAACACAGGACAUGUUCAAAACUGUUUUGGGCAGCACAAGGGGGACCUACUUGAUAUUAGGCAGGUGGGUGCUGCAGUCACGUGGCCGGGUUUGCUCUGUUACUGCAGAAGGAAGAGCUUCAGUAUUACAGCCACUGGAUGUGUGUUUAUCCCUGCAAUGUUAGUAUUACCGUUUCUCCACAUUUUACGUUGCAGAGUUAAGUCUACAGGACAACUUCACCCAGGCCCCUUCAUUCAGUUACAGUGGUCUGGGUGACAUUAGUAGUGAUUUAAUGGAACAGUGCACACACAAAAAAAUACUAAUUUAAAAAUUACCAAGCUACUUAAAAUCCGCUGUCUUCACGCAAAUAUGGGUAUUCUCAUAAUUGUUUUCGGAGAUGAGUGUUUUUAAGUAGUAGUAGUAUACUAUAACAUAUUUAUGAAAAAAACAAACAAAAAAGCAAGGCAGGUUAGUACAUAGUAAUUUGUACAGUAUACAUUACGAACUACAAAUUGUGUUACUAGGUUAUACCAUCAAUGUGCUUAAUGUAGCAAUACAGAGAACAAAAGAUUGCCAGACGUAAUAACUUUAAAAUCCAGGGCAUAGGGUCAUAAGGAUCGAACAGCAAUAGUUUGAAAUGAUAUGCAUUCUAAAAAAAAGAGUAACACAACAUAGGGAAGGUCCCAACUCAGGAUGGUGUCAUUUCAUUAGAGCGCUGGCCAGCCCUUGGCCUUAUAUCUUUUGGCUUCUAUUAAGCAAAUAUUCAUAGCGGCCUCUUGGUCUAUCAUUUGUGUUUUUUGUGUCCAUUGACUUUCCAUUCGCCAUACUGACCCUUUUUAGCGUGACCGGGUAUACCUUAUCCAAUAGAUACUUGUAUACAGUAACCACAUUAAGAUGAGAAAUUUAUACUUGCUGAUAUUUAAAUAUUUUAAUCUCUGUGAUCACGGUUCUCAAGACCUCUCCUUUUCCUUUCUGGUGAUGGUGCCUGCUGGCCUCUUUCUUUCUCGAUUUAAUUUUUUCAACUUUUUUUUGCAGAUUUAUUUAUUUCUUUAUGCUUCUCUUUCUUGCUGGGUUUCUUCAUCUCUGCUUAACUAAACCACUAACUGGGGAAUUUCAUGUGGGAGUAGGUGUCUACAAGACUACUUGGGAUUGGUUGCACCUCUCCUGUUGGAGGAGGCAGUAUUGCUUUACUAAUGUAUUAUUGUAGACCAUGACCACAGAUAUAACAAUGAACCUAUUGGUAAGCAUAAAUGUGUCCGAAAUGCUUCCUUCCAGUAUUUUAUUAUUACACGUUCCAAAUAGGUUUUGUUAAUCGGCACAAUUGUAUUCAGUCUCGUGGCUCUGUAGCAGUAUAGCUUGGUUUCUCCCUUAGAACCAUAGUUCCUAUCGAUUGUCUUGUCUUCGAAUUAGGAAGCCUCAUGUCCAGGGUUAGCAAAAUCUUCUAUUCUCAAAUAUAAAGAAAGUCCUCUUGCCCUGAAUGUUCUUGUACUCUUAACAAUGUGAUGUUUUAUUUGUUUCUUUUUUGCAGGAGAGCCAAGCAAGAGAAAGAAAACCAAUGGAAGGAAAAAGUCAAAAGAGAAGAGGAGGAGAAACUAAAACGUCUGGAAGAAGAUCGGAAACAAGAACAGAUACUCCAGGAACGACAGAAAGCUGAAGAGGAAGCAGCAGCUAAGCUCAGGGAAAAAGAAUCACAGCAGAGGAAACUGGCAGAGGAAGAGGAGAAGAGGAGGACAGCAGCUAAGCUCAGGGAAAAAGAAGCACAGCAGAGGAAGCUGGUGGAGGAAGAGGAGACGAGGAGGGCAGCAGAGAUACAAAGGGAAGCCGAGAGAGAGAAACAGGAAGAGGAAAAGCGCAAGCAAGCUCUGCUGAAGAAAGAAGCAGAAGAGAAAAAUAAGGCACAGGAGGAAGAGAAAAGACGUAAAGACAGCAGUGCACGCAAAGAUUCAGAAACCCGCUUUUCCAAGCUUAAUCUGGAUGAAAAGUUUACUGAAAAAUUAAAAUUUAUUGGCGCAAGAAGUUUCAGCUCAGAAAGAGAUAAAGAUGGUAAAUCUUUUAUUUCAUAUCCUUUCUUUUUUUUUUUUUCUCCGUUUACAUUUGUUUACAUAGUUUUUUUAUUUGCACUGUAGGUACAUAAAUAAUAGUUUUUGUCCUUCACAGUGAGCACCAGCGAGCGCAGAAAAUCAGCCGCUUUUGUAAACUACACAGCCCUGUACCAGUUCGAAGCAAGAAAUGCAGAUGAACUAAGCUUUAAUGCUGGGGACCUUCUCCAGGUAAGACUUCUUUGCAUGUAAAAAAAAAAAAAAUGACGCAAGAAGGAAACAAGAGAAUGAGUUUCUGUGUGCUUGUCUUGGGACUUCUUAAAUACCUUGGCAAACUGCUUCUUUAUUUAAAGAAACCUUCACCAGGACAAACCUUCAAAAUCCCAUAAACCUUGUGAUUACAGCCAUAAUAAAUAUAUAUAUAUAUAGUUCAAUUAGAGUUUGUAGCCGUAUUAGUCCAGCGAUGCAGAUCUAAAAAAACAGAUACAUUUUGUAUCUUGUAAUACCUUAUUUUAUUGGACGAACAGACUUUUUUAAUGCCAAGCUUUUCGGGAGAACCUCCCUUUCUCAAGUCUGAAGCAUUUCUGUAGAUGGUUGAUACAAUAUAUAUAUAUCAGCCAUCUACACAUACGAAAAAGUUUUUAAAUCCUUGUUUUUUUUUGUUUUGUUUUUUAAAGUACUUACGUUAUUGUAAAUAGGCACAUUUUCAAUAGAUUUUUCACUGUGAACCAAAAGCCAAUUCAACAAUGAGACCGAAAAAGUGAGAUUAUAUAGAUGUAAAUAAGUGUUUGAAUCUUAAAGCUGCAAAUAUAUAGCGUUAGUCCAUUACAAGGCAUGCUCAUUCAAACAUUGAAAAAUGUAGAUUUACAUUAGAAGCCAUGCUGUUUAAACAUCUUAUAGUAUAUUAUGCUGGAAUCUGUUUUUAUUCUUUUCAUAAUGCUAUCUGUGCAUAAUGCUAGCCAAAUGGCUGUCUAGGUUUGCCGAUAUAGUGACAGAACGUAGGUAGCUGCCAUCUCGUUUCAGGCCUCGUCAUGCUGGGUGCUGUCCCCAAAGCACAGUGUUCCUCAGCUGAUCAAAGCGGGUGUUUAGUGAGACUGAAAUGUCUUGCAGCUAGCAUGGGUCCCUAUUUCUGGUUACAUAUUUACUACAUCUGUACAUCUAUAACUUUUCAAGUAAGAUGAUAUCAUAAAUGUUUUUUUGUUUUCUUUUAUAUCCUAGGUUGAUGAGAAGAAUGCAGGAGAGCCAGGCUGGCUCUAUGGCUGUCUGAAAGGAAAUGUCGGCUGGUUCCCAUCCAACUAUGCGGAAAAAAUACUGGAGACUGAGAGAGCUUUAUCCCCCAAGAAAGCCUUAAUGCCCCCCACUAUCUCUGUGUCAGCUACCUCAAACCCUGCCAAGUAAGAUAAUUCACUCGUCGGAGAUAAGCUACCCAUUGUCUCACUGUUGCUCCGUUGGCCUUCUAAUAUAUCUCUUUAAGAUCUCCAUAAGUGACCCUGUCACACUGAGACACCAUGCUCAUGUGGCAAAAUCCUUAUACCUACACAACUGCUUUUAGCAAUGAUGCUGCACCAGAUCUUUCCAAGUCAAUGAACGCAUCUUGAUGAGUUUCAUAUUGUUUUUUGUUUUGUUUGUUUUCCUCUCUUUAAAUGUUUAAUGAGCAGGCAUUGUGACUAUGCAAGCAUACUGUAAAUUUUACCAAACUUAUCUUUACAUUAUUCAGUAAUUCGUUUAACUUUUUUUGUGUGUGUGUAAUGUUUUAGACCACUUGCAUCAAGUCUAACCACAGAGGUGGACACAGAGUAUCAAAACCUCCCUUUCUCAAGCCUUAACUUGAACACAACCUGGCAGAAAACGUCUGCAUUUACCCGGACCGUAUCCCCAGGGUCCGUCUCUCCCAUCCAUGGGCAGGUAUGCUGCACACACUCUGUAAAUGGACAAAUAUUGGCGUUGUGGUGCCAUAUAAUGUGCUGCAUGUGUGAAACAUCUGCAGGGAUUCGGACAGAAGCAUAGUAUGUAGAUGUAUGUGUGCGUAUAUUUAUAUAUAUCAGCAGAUGUGGUAGCAUCACAGUUAGACCACCUCACCAGUAAAUGUCCCUGGGCAAGACACCUUGUGAAAUAAAGAUAUAUAUCUUCCUUCCUCAAGAAUCCUCGUAGAUUGUAGGCUUGUUUGAGCAAGACCUUCCUCACCUCUUAUAUUUAAUAUUUUGUAUGCCAAGUAAUUGUUAAAUAUCCCUUUUCUAUAAUUGUAAGCUUCUGUGGAACAUGUCCCUAUAUAAAUGCUGGUGAUAAUAAUAUAUGUUUGUGUGAAUGGGGGACCAGGGAGUGAUAUGGAUCAAGUCCUUUGGUACUACAUCUUAUUAUAUUAACUUUAAAAACAAUUAACUGAAAUUGCAUACAUUUAUUGUGCCAGUUUAAUGUUCUAUUAUUCAUAAUUAAUCAAAAAUUGGGUGAAGCACUGUUGUCUGAUAAAUAUGCUUAAUUACAAUUUUAAAGAAUUGCAGAAACCUGAAACGCAAUACAAGAUGCUUUAUAGGACACAUGUAUGUAUCCAGUGGGCAUAAUAUGUGACUGAGCACCAUUGAAACAAACCUAUGAAAGGAGUUUAAAAAAAUAAAAAAUCUUUAAUUGUGCAUUCUCAAAUCUUAUUCAUUUUUGGUUCUCCUUAAUAGGGUCAGCCGGUGGAAAACAUAAAAGCGCAAGCACUGUGCUCAUGGACUGCAAAAAAGGAUAACCACUUGAAUUUCUCCAAGAACGACACCAUUGUUGUGUUGGAACAGCAAGAAAACUGGUGGUUUGGGGAGGUUCGUGGGCAAAAGGGUUGGUUCCCAAAAUCCUACGUAAAGAUAAUUCCUGGAGUGGAGAAUAAAUCCCCAGAGUGAGUAGUGACGUAAAAAUGUGACAUUUGCUCUCACUGCAGUAAAGGAGGUUAACAAUUGUUUGGUAAUAUUACCCAGGGAGACUUGCUCUUGUCAGACUGUGUCCCGGUUGGUGGUUCCAUCCAUUUAUGUAUUGUCACCUAGACUUUAAUUUUUAAAUACGUAGCUGCAAGCUGUCUGCUUCCUGUAGGCUUGUUUUAAUAUGUAGAAAAGGCCCUAGAGGGUCCUGGUUGGACAGUGAAUUGCUAGAAAUGGGGGCUGUGCUCUGCUUUCUGUACAGGGUUCGAGGUGAGUGCCUUGUUAUCCUGUCCACACCCUAUAUAGAUCUGCUCCAUUUCACUUUCAAGCCCCUGUAUCUCCCAUUAUGUUAUUUAAAAAUAUACAGAAUAAAUUUGACAUGUCUGAAGUUUUUUUCUAAACUUUUGUCCACCACCCCAAUUUUCAGAUUUUAUGUUAAUUUCAUUGUUUAUUUUUAGACAUACACUGGUAUAUUGUCUAAACUUGGAAAUCUGGAGAACUGAUCCCUUUAAGGCCAAAAUAGCUCAUUUUGAAAAAAAUAUUCCAAAUCUGCAAAAUUUCUAAAUAAACUACUUUGGACUCAAAUGCACAAUUCCCUUGUCGAUUUGCACAAUGCUUCUGACUCUCCAAACUGUCUACAAUUCCCAUAAUUUGUUUCCAAGCAGAGAAUUUUGUGAAGUGUAUUCUGCUGCAGAGUCAAGGCUGGUUACCUCUGGCUUACCACAUGUAUCGCUAUAAUGCACAAUAAAUAGGUUUCAUUUUCAUGUUGAUGUGCAUCAUGUGUGUUUAAAAGUUUUUGUUCUUAGUCGACGUUCCUAGUAAUGAAUAAAUAUUAAUGUUGUAAUUUGUACAUGGAUUCCCAACACUAAGCAUUUCUGUAUAACACAUUAGUUAUAUGGUUAUGGUUGUUUGUAGCACACCUCUAAGGACCAUAAAUGUGAAGCUCCUUGACUGACCCCACAGUGCUCUUUAUAACCUGUUUAAACAGAAUUCAAAUACAUAGAGUGAGCACACAGUUCCACAUGUAUUGGAAGAUUCUCAUGUUUGCAUAUUAAAUGUUUUUAGCAUGUAAACUUCUUGUAACACACAGACCAGAACCUCUGUAUGCUGCUGUGAAGAAAAAGAAGCCAGUGACUCCUUCUCAUCCAUCUGGUGAAGGUAUUGAUGCAUGUUGCAUGGGAAAUUGGCAGGACAUGGUUCCUUGGUUUUGAUAGGCAUGUCACAUCGGGACCCUGGGUUUUAAUAGGCCUGCCUUCAGGCCCUGGCUUUGAUAGGCAUGUCACAUCGGGACCCUGGGUUUUAAUAUGCCUGUCGUCAGGCCCUGGCUUUGAUAGGCAUGUCACAUCGGGACCCUGGGUCUUAAUAGGCCUGCUGUCAGGCCCUGGCUUUGAAAGGCAUGUCACAUCGGCACUCUGGGUCUUAAUAGGCCUGCCGAUAGGCCUGUCACAUCGGGACCCUGGGUUUUAAUAGGCCUGCCGUCAGACCCUGGCUUUGAUAGGCAUGUCACAUCGGGACCCUGAGUUUCAAUAGGCCUGCCGUCAGGCCCUUGCUUUGAUAGGCAUGUCACAUCGGGACCCUGGGUUUUAAUAGGCAUGUCACAUCAGGACCCCGGGUCUUAAUAGGACUGCCGUCAGGCCCUGGCUUUGAUAGGCAUGUCACAUCGGAACUUUGGGUCUUAAUAGGCCUGCCGUUAGGCCCUGGCUUUGAUAGGCAUGUCACAUCGGGACCCUGGGUUUUAAUAGGCCUGCCGUCAGACCCUGGCUUUGAUAGGCAUGUCACAUUGGGACCCUGGGUUUUAAUAGGCCUGUCGUCAGGCCUUGGCUUUGAUAGGCAUGCCAUUGGAAGCUGGCUUAGAUUCCCAGAGUAGUAGCUAUAUCUUGAAGUACAACUGAUGUGAUUCUCACACAGCCUUUGGCGUUAGAAAGGUUGUCUGGAAAUUCUUAAAUGUAAAGAUAACCUCAUGAAACAAACAACAUAUAGACUUAAUGCUUUGUCGGCGGUAUCCUUCUGCCACUUGUUCAAUGUUCAAUAUCAUGGAUGAAUAAAGCAAGAAAACCUUUUAAACAUUUUGUAAUUAAUAUAGUCAGAUUGCAUUAUCAGGUACACCUCUCAACUAGGGGAGAUCAAAAGUCCGACCCCCUUACCAAACCAGCUUCAUUUUAAUCUAUUAAUCACAGAACCAGGGAAACAUUGUGCAGAAGCAGGAGAGAGAAAUCCGAGACCGUAGCCUGCUCUGCACAACCAUACUGAUUUGACUCCCUCUCUGCCCUCAAUGUCAGAAUGUUGCAAGUUGCAGAGAUUCUUUCAGCUGCACUUUUUCAGGAUUCCUAGGGAUAGAAUACUGAUUGGUUAGAGUUGUUGUGGUAAGCCUAAGAAAGAAGAAGUAGGUAGAAUUUGUUUUUCAGCCUGCAGAGUGUGGUAGCUGUCUAAUUUCAAAGGUAAAACUUUUGAAUGAGACCUUUGUCUCAAAGUGAUGAACGUCCCUUUAGGUACACUAAGUGCAAUUUUGUUCUUUAAAAAAAAAAAACACAUUGUUUUAGUUAGUCAAUUUCACCUAUAGACUGCUUUCCUCCUGUUAUAGAAUAUGUGGCCAUCUACCAUUAUACAAGCACUGAGCCUGGAGAUCUGAUCUUUAAUGAAGGAGAUAUCAUCCGAGUCACUCACAAGGAUGGUGACUGGUGGACGGGAGUCAUUGAUGAAAGGACUGGUAUCUUUCCUUCAAACUAUGUCCGUCCUCGUGAUCAAGAGGUGAAUUUAAUGUAUUUUGAAAUUAAAACAUGUCUUUGUUGCAUUUACCUUGUACAGGGGUCUAGUCUUACUAGAGACUUAUAAGUGACACCGCAUUCAACCAAAUAAUUUUUUGAUAUAUUAAACUUUGUUAUUCAUGAAAACUUAAUUAAUACGCUGGUUCUCCGUCGUUUUUUUUCUGGGUCUGUCUUCUGUAUGUUUUAAUGUCGAGGGAUUUGUUUUGAUUGAAAAACACCCCUUUUGUAAGCAAAUCCAAUAUUAAAGUACUUUAAAUUGUAGAGGAAGACAGAAAUGAAUAUGUCCGAUUGCUUUUUCAUGCACAAUAGAUCUUGUAUUGAUUAUAUAGUGAUUUGUGGUUAGUGAUGCCUCCUAAAUGGACUACCAUCUUUACUAAAGAUUUGUUUUUUCUGCAAAAUUUAAAUGUCAGAAUCCCAUUUUUUGAGGAUUUUUUUAUGCCCCAAUAUCCGCAAAACAUUUCAUCAUGUAAGUGGCAUAUUGUUGUGUCAUUUGCCUAAAGGCUGGUGAACUUGUUCAGAAAAAAAUAUUAACAUUAAUUGUAUUAUUAUUAAUUACAAACCUAAUGAUCUAACGUAUAAUAUGAUACAUUUUCACAUAGUCUGCAUUUCUCCUAUGGGCUUAGUAGCUAAGACACAACGAAAUAAUCACCUUCCGGGAACAUUUGUAAUAUAAUGCUGUUAAUCUUUUUCAGGGGUCCAGUGUCGCUGCUGGCAAAGCUGGAACAUUAACCAAAAAGCCUGGUCUGUAUACAUACAGCUUAUAAUUUCUAAUUAAAAUGUCAUUGUUAAUGCACAGGUGUAUUGCGUAUGCUGUAUGUAUUGCUUUACUAAACAUGGAUGUGCUUGUUUUACAUAAAAAAUCCUAUUUAUAGAAGAGUUAGUCUAUGGCAAAGAGUGGAGCAGUCAGCAGGAACGUUCCAUUGGUUUCCAUGGUGACCACUCCGCUUUCAGAACUUUGCCCCAGAAUUCUUUAAUAGAAGUAUCAUCUAGGGCAGGGAUAGGCAAGCUUCGGCACCCCAGAUGUUGUGGACUACAUCCCCCCAUAAUGCUCUUACACCCAUAAUUCUGGCAAAGCAUCAUGGGAGGUGUAGUACAAAACAUCCGGAGUGCUGAAGGUUGCCUAUGCCUGAUCUAGGAGAUGUUUGUUAUUUCCAAAGCUAAACAUAACCAUCUUUGUCUCUGUUCUUUUGUUUCCUUAUUUUUGUACAAAUAUAUCUUCAGUUAUGGAUACAUUAUUUUACCAGGAAGGAAGACUUCUAAAAUACAAUUGUGCAGUUACACGUUACAGAUAUACUUUACAAUUAAACAUUAAUAAGAGUGCAGUAGCUAUUUUGUUUGAAGUAUGUCGAUACCGGUGUUUUCAGUGCUUCAUACUGGUAGAGAAAAAGAAGGAUCAAGUACACUUGAAGUCCUAAGACAUGGAUUUAUUGGAUAAUCAGGCAGGCCUGAUUUUCCAAUACAUCUGUAUCUGGGGAGUUUAAUGUGUGCCAGAUCCUUCUUUUCAUUCUGAAGCCCCAAAAACCAUUUAGGAUUCAUCCCAGCUUCCUGUUUAUUGCAGCAGAAACUGACCUUUAAGGUUGGCUAGUUGUUCCAAGUAUAUUUAUUGGUUUGGUCACUAAUGUGUGCAUACCAACACCUGUAUUAAUCCCUUCUUUUUCCUGCCACAGAGAUUGCCCAGGUAACCACAGCUUACACUGCGACCGGCUCAGAGCAACUUAGUUUGGCUCCUGGCCAGCUGAUCCUUAUUCUGAAGAAAAAUGCUUCAGGCUGGUGGCAAGGGGAACUGCAGGUAAUAUACCCGAAUUUUUAUAAUCACAAAUUUACAAGAGGAAGUGAUGCUAUGGAGAACAUUUUUAGUUGAACCAUAAUUAUUCAUCUCCGUUGUGCAAUUUACAAUGUCAGGGCAGAGGUCCGUGCGUAUAUCUAUUGUACUUGUUAGAAAUACCUAGGGCUUGAGCCACAUCCAGAGCUUCAGCUACCAAAGCCCAACCCUAGCAAUUCCUAUGGAUCCAUAAACUUAAAACAAACCUCACGUAUUAGAAGGUUACAACCCACCAUGGAACUUAUAUAUUAUAUAAUUCAUGUAUGAGUAGAUAAAGAGCAGGAUUUAUACAGACCCCAUCUGGGAUGUCACUAUAUUAUUUAUGUCCAUGGAUUUCAGAUAUUACAUCAAUACAAAGGUCUACAUUCUAUACAUUUUUUUAUGGUUUACCUUCCAUGAGGGGUAAACUUAUGAAAACUUACCAUUCCUCAUUGUGUGAUGAUGGUCAUCUUCCGCUACCCAUAAAGAGAAGAAAAUAUAAACUAUACAUAAUGAUGCCAAACAAAUCUGUAGUUUUUAAUCUAAAACUCAUUAAUGUUUAUCCCUUUUGGUUCCUCUCUAUCAAUUCUCACCAUAGACCUCUAAGAAGAAUAAAUCUAUACCAACAAUUAAAUGACUAAAUAGAGCAGCAGAGCCCUCCUACAGGUGGUUCUCCUGCUCUGUCACAGUGCUGCUCCCCCCCACUAGACUCGUCUCCUCUGACACUCAGGUGCUGGCAAUGAAGCUAUCAUAUCAGCAUCAGUAUGGAGCUUUGCUCAGCAGUGUUUUAUGGGAUUUGCAGUUCAUUACUCUCAAGUAGUUUUAGUUAUGAAUGAAGCCAUUUGCUUCCACAAAUGUAGAUGCUGUAUAUGAAAAGAGCAUAGCUUCCCCUGGUGUGCCACAUGAUUGCACUUUUUUAUUUUUUAUUAUUUACAUAAUUAUCAUAAUAAAGCGAGACCAAGAGAAGAUAGGCUAUAAAUGCAACACAAAAAGUAAAUUUAGCUUAUGGGAUGGUUGGUAUUGUACAGUGAUAUUGGGUAAUCUAGAAAUGUGUGUAAUAUGUCCUUACGGACCCACUGAAUGUCUGUUUCAGGCACGAGGGAAGAAACGGCAGAAGGGAUGGUUCCCAGCAACCCACGUAAAGCUUUUAGGACCAACCAAUGACAAAGCAACUCCUGCAUUUGUACCAGGUAUGUUAAUGUUUGUUUUAUUAUUAUUAUCAGUUAUAAAUCACCAACAAAUCCUGCAGUGUUUGAUAUUUGGAAAAAAAAAAAAAAUUGUACAAUUCACAAACCGAUACAAAAACACGGCCGAGAGGGUGCAAGAGUUUUCUUUAAUAAGUUUGAAGCCGUACUCGGGUUGGGUGUAAAAGGUUAGGCAUUUUCAAACGUAACCAGUCAUGCCACGUCACGAUGGACACAGCAGUUCUAGAAAGAGGAUUGUUCUCUAACAUAAUGUCAACCUCAGUUCUAUUGAGUCAGAGACCAUGUUGGGGCAACAAGAAAAAAUUUCAGGCUGCUGUGGAAGGCUGACAUGAUAAGUUAAAGUUUGUUAAUUGUGGGGCUGUGGCUCACAAUGUCUGAGAGACUUGGCUGAGCAUGUGGACGUGAUCCAGUUUGCCACAGCUAAAACAUUGUACAUCUUUAAAUCUGCAGGUUGUAGCUGUAUGAAUAAUCCUACCGUAGGAAACAAGUGGAGUUUUUAGAAGGCCUGGGUGGGUCAAAAGUAGUCGGCAACACCUCCUCCUCCUUAACGGCAGCAGUUGUGGGUUUAGAAUGAACAUGCAAUAGAUGAGACUCCUUGGCAGCAAGGUCUGUGGAAUAAGGCCAUCCUCUGUCAGCAACCACUUCUGAAUCAUGGCAUCAUAGAGGCCCAUUACAAACAGGUCACGGAGGGCAACAGACAUAUAGUCCCAAAGUGACAGGUGCUGGCAAGUUUACGCAGGGCAAAGGAAUAAGCUCUCACAUGUUCAUCAGGUAAUUGGCAUCUGCAUUCAAAUGUGAAUCUCUCCUCAAUUUCCAGUGGCUUGGGUUGGUAAUGAUCUGUAAGUGUAUCAAUUAACUAAUCAAUUAGUUUAGUAGCAGGCUUUUCGGAAAACAGCCGGUCCCUCAGAGUGCCAUAUGCAGAUUGACCCAGGGUACUCAGGAAAACCAUAACCUUUUUGUCAGGGGUCAACAAUAUUAGCUUCUAAAACUGUCCUGAGCGCAUCACCCUGGCAGGCUAGGAGCCUAAAUCUGAACAGAAGGGUUUCAGCAUUCUAAUCUAAACCAUGAUGCCAAAUUUUCUUACAACUAGCAGGUGUGCAGCAAAACUAAAACUAAAAGCAAAAUCCUUGUUGCCACUGUUAUGUCUGAUAAUUGCUGGGUUACGAAUACAGUCUCUUAAUCAGCAUGUAUUUAUAACUCACACACAAUGCAUGAUAAAUUUCUUAUGCUGGAAUACACAUCCCCGCUGCACCAUCUAACAUGGCUUGAACCCAAAUAUGAACUGGGGAGAGAGAGAAGAUUACUACAGGUUCCCCCCCCAAUGGUUAUUUAGCGCCCCCACCCACCGCUCAGGGGUGGGGGCCAGGGGAUGGGCAAAAUAUCCCCCAUCAGUUUACUAGCCCCCACUCAGGAGGGGCGCAACUAGGGGUUUUGGGGGGUUUCCUUUUGUAACAUUGAGCCACUGGCUGCUCAUAGUUUACUAGACAUGCCCCUACUCGCAGUAUAGCUAGUAGGGGCAGAAUUUACUAAUACUAAGUAAUCUUUAAUUAGGAUUCGUAAAUUUGGCUGAAAGACCAAUUUAGGUCUUUCAGCCAUUUGAUAGAUAGUUCCCUGAUACCGUUGGAAUUAGUUAUCUACUACCCUCACGAAUAGGAUUGGUGUUUCAUUUAUUAGAAUGAAAUUCCGAUCCGAACAAAGUCCCGAAUUGCGUCCUAACAUGAAUGAACAAACUGUUGUCAUUCUGUAAGGGCGGAAUUCGGUAGUUUCACCAGCAUUCUGUCUAAAUGACAGGAAGCAUUUCGAGAUCACGGAUCAAAGGUGAGAUUUGUGGGAAAAUUGCUUUGAUAACCUGAAACGAAGCACACUUUGCUCCUUCUCUGGUUAUAGCUGUUCAUGGCGUAGGAAACCUCCAUAAGACAAAGUAGUCCCUACUUUGUCUUAUGUUUUAAAGAAAACUAGAGCAGACAGAAAGAAAUGAAGAACAGAUCCUGGCAGGGCGAGAGAAGAGGAAUCGAUUAAAGAAAGGUAAGUUCAGCAUGACAGUGCCGCUUUAGUUUACAAAAAGAUUAGAAUAUAAAAAUCUCACUGUUGGGAUUUAUUUUCUAAUCUAUUUGUAACAUAUCAAUGCACAUGUAUUUAGGAUGGGCACUUCCUUACUAUGUGUUUGGCCUAUUGGACUGUCAUUUUUUCCACCUAGAGAUUCUGAUUUUUUUUAUUUGAGGGCUCACUUGUGCCCUUAAGUUGCUGGUGUUCUCAACAAUAUAAAUAUUUUUUUUUCUUAGGGCGAGGGAAACUCUAACUGAGCGCUUUUCUCCUCUUUGGAGAAGAUUACCUUUGACAACCUGUCCCUGUAGGAUGCAGGUAAUCACCAGUACAAAUGGUGGUCACCUGCAUCACUGUCCACUAGGACUGCAUUUUAUUAAUGGGUAUGGGUUGCUUAAAUAGUUACUGUUUACACCUCUGUUUAUCUUAGAGGGGCCUCACAGUCCUCUUCUGAAAGAAGGGACCUCUAAUUUACAAGUGAGUUUAAUAAAUAUUUUAAAACGACUUUUCUACUCAUCACUGCACAGUAGAAAAAUCACAUUAUCAGUAGGCGUUUAAAGCUUUGACUAAUAACAAAAAGGAAUAUCUGUAAUUCUGUGCACAGGUGUCAAUUUACCAUUUGGUCCUUUCUCUCUUGCACAGUGUGUCAAGUUAUUGCAAUGUAUGACUAUGUCGCAAAUAACGAGGAUGAACUGAACUUUAGUAAAGGCCAACUGAUCAAUGUCGUAAAUAAGGAUGAUGCAGAUUGGUGGCAAGGAGAAAUCAACGGGGUGACCGGCCUUUUCCCUUCCAACUACAUCAAGAUGACCACUGAAUGUGACCCCAGUCAGCAGUGUAAGUACAUCCAUCUAACUGACUAGCUCACUUUAGAAAUGUUGGAGGCAGGUGCUGGUUGUUGCUACCAAAAGUAUUAUUUUCUUUCUGUGUUUGUCUAUUUUUAAAAUAUCUCAAAGCCUAAAGUUGUUUAUGUCAGGCUGUCUGAGCGAUUUUGGAAAUCUCACACAUCUAUAGUGCCAGGGUUAGCCAACAUUGAUCUAGGUUAUUCUGAUCUAAGUUAUUACAAAUAAGCUUUCCAUAAAAUGUUUUUCACAUUCUCAUUAACUUGCUUUGGGCAGAGGUAAGUAAUGAAGUUUGAUCUGCCAUACAAGGUUUACGUGGCAUCACCAUGCAUCAAUUAAUUUCCAAAAAUACGGUGCUUUCACCUUAUGGGAUGUUUGCAUAUUUUGGAAAGAUCUUCAAUGGUGACAUUGCCAUUUGGGUGGGGUGGCCCAUGGGUGCAGUCAUGGUAAAUUAUACUUACCUGAUGCUCGUAGGCCCCUCCAUCUUCUAUUGUCGACUCCUGGUGCUUCAUCCUCCAGAAAUCCACAUCUGUGCUGCACAAGAGUAAAAUACUAAUGUCUAUGGUCCAGCAAGACCAUGGGAGCCUCCAUUAUCACGAUAAGAAAAAAAAAUUCCUUGUUCCUACAGCUGUUGCUAGCAACAGUUGGGGGAAGUGACAAAACUUGACAGUGGUAGCUCUACCUUUUGUCAAAGUAGGAUUUUACCAUGCAGAGCCAGCUUUGCUGUAAGCCCUCUCGGACUGGUGAGAUCAAAGAUCUCCUUCACCGGCCUGCUGACAUUAGUUCCAGCAGAGGGAGGGAAGGGCCUAAGAAGCUCUGUGUUCCUCCCGCGAGCAGGCUGGUCGGAGCAUUGCCACACGUUACCAUACAGUACUGUGCUCGCAUGAGGACAGGAGAGUCAGCCUGCAGUAGGAGCUGCAGUUUAAAGUGAACAUGCCACCACUGGACAACCACGGCUUGCAGAAUUAUGUCCCCUCUCCCUGAUAAUUGGUAAGAAGAAGGCAUGGGGAGAUAUUAAGCUAGAUUUUCACCUCUCACCCACCUAUACACAGCAUAGACCCUUUGCACUCUUCGCACACACUACACCCCUCUCAAGCACCCUACACACAGACACUGCCCCCCAUCAUACACACACACAGACUGCCCCUUCUCACACACUACACCCCUCACACUACACCCCUCACACAGACACACACUGCCUCUCUCACACACACGGAACCCCUCACACACAUGGCACCCCUCACACACUACCCCACUGCACCCAUCACACACACUGCCCCCUCACACACACACACAGCACCUCUCACACACAUCACCUCUAACACAUACACUGCACCUCCCCUCACACACACUGCCCUCACACACACUGCACCCCUUACACACACUGCACCCCUAAUACCCACAACACCUCUUACACACACAGCACCCCUAAUACCCACAUCACCCUACACACACAGCACCCUUCACACAGUGCCCCCUCUCACAAACUGAACUGCACCACACACACACAUAGAAAAAAAGUAGAAUAGAAAACAAAGGAAAAAGAAAUAGAUAAAUUUAAGUACAUUAAAAAAAAAAAAGAUCGCACUCGCGCUAUAAAAUUAGUUACACUGGUGGGCGGUAAGGAAAUUUUACCAUCAACAAAGAUACAAACGUGGGCGGUAGGUAUUAAAAGUUUGACUACCCCUAAUCUAGAGUUUGUAAUCCGUGAUAGCUAGCUACAUAUAUGAAUACAUUUCCAGGAUAUAUUCGAGGAAGAGUGCAGGAUUGAACCCCAACAUGUAUCACAAUGAUGCCAAUAGCAGUAUAUUUCUCCUGCAGAAUGCAGUGCUUGUUCUGAGAAACUUAAUUCCACAAGGAAAAAAAUUGAAAGAGGAAACAAAACAACACAAUAGAGCUAUGCAGAGAGAGAGAGAGACAUAGUUACCGUGGCAGAGCAGUAUUAAGUCAGACAUCAAACAGGCUGCUUGUACAUUGUCACAUCACUUGAUAGCAGAAGAGAUACACAGCUAGUUUGGGGAAACCGUAAGAGGAAAGAUUGAACUGGAAGAUGUGGUCAAAUGUGAGGGAUACAUUUAGGGAAAGAGAUUAGUGCCUUUUAUCAGUAUUAAAUAUUCUGCAUAGAAGAGUAAGGCUAGUUCUUUUUAAAGGAGUACAUUAUCCAGGGUGCCUGCAUUUCAUGUACCCAGUAUUGUGCCUACAUUUUGCAGAGAGGACACUGUACAUGGUGUGUAUUUUUACAGGUUUAUAUAUUUAAGAGUUAACUUGUUUAAACAGUUCACAUUAUCUGGUAUUUCUAAAAAUUACCCUUCAUGUACAGAUACUUAUUGUAUUAGCUGCUUUGUAUUAGCUGCAUUAGAAAGGACACUGGGCUAGAUCUGACAUGUGUGUGCAGCAUACUGUGUGCAGGGAUGUCAGCUGCCUUCUCACAGAGAUUGGAAAUAGCCAGUCAUAUGUAACAGUAGCCCACAAAUCUCUGUUUAAUUAUAUAUUUCAAUAGCCUGUACUAUAGAUCAUGGUGGCAAUGGUGCAUUUUGCUGUAUGUAAUGCCACAUGUCGUGUCCUGUUAUUCCAUUUGGUCUUAAACUAUAAUUCCUUUAAUCCAAUAGCAUGUAAGCCAAUACCAAUACCAAUAGUCGGUGGGUUUAAUAGUGUAAAUUUCUAAGGGACCACAGACUGUUUUAAGGGGAUCUCCAACUGGUAGAAACUACACUUCCCAUAAUGCCAAGCUACCCAUAGGCUGCUGAAUUAUAUGAAUAUAUUGAAAUCUUUAUUGGUUAUCUCUGUUGUGGGUGAUUUAACUUCCUGUUUUGCUGGAGUGCAGGUUGUGUACAUGCUUGUUUCUCUUUGUUGUAACUAUAUUUUCACUUCAUGUCAUGGAUCCCAGGAAGCCAUGGGCUUUCUGCAGUUUAAUAUUUACAUUUCUUGUGCUGAUGAAAAGGCAUCAAAAAGUCAUCAAAAAGCCCUACACAUCUCAUUAUGGUACGGGAUUCCCUAAACACUGACAGGGUUAUCCAGUAAAGUAAGAAUUCAAAAUUCAUUCAAAGUGAAGGUCAAAAAAGCCAAACUGGAAAAUUCUCUUAGCGAGUCUGGCAUUACAUUUGAAAUUUGCUUCUAAUUCUCACAUUAGAAAAUAACUCUGUAUAUGCCUGGAACUGAUAUAUAAUGAUUUAGGUGCACAUAAAAAGGUUAAUCUUAAUGAUAUAUUGGGUAUCCAGCUCCAUAAUUGGAAAAACAAGUAAAACAUUUAUUUAAAAAUUUAGAUGGGCUAAUACUCGUGAAAGUCUGAAUAAAUGUGAUUAGAACCUCAGCUGCUCCAAAGAGUGAAUAAAACUCUAACUACAUACCACUAACUGGGAAAUAUAUUCCGCAUUGUAUUUAGUUGAUGAACAAUAUCCAUCUCUAGUCAAAGUUUCCGCAGCUAAUCAGAAGAGUAGCAAAAACAUCUUAUCUAAAAAACAUGUUUUCUGGGCGUAUAAAAAUAAUAAUGAACAAUCCCAUGUACAAUAUAGCAUAGUGACAAAGUCUAGACCCUGAAUGCAUUUUGUUUUGGGCCGCCAACUAGUUCUCAUACCCUAAUGGAGAAAAGACACUUUUAUUGCAGUAAUGACUGACCAUGGUACACUAGCAUUUUGUGAACUAGAUUUUCUGUGUCGCCUUUUAAGGAUGGGGCGGAAAUGGAAAUCCAGCUUGCAAGGUGUCAGGUUAGCCAUUACUUUCUAGAAAUUUCUUUACAAUUCUGAUCUUUACAUAUGCUGGACUAGCAUCAUAUAUCUCUCUGUCUCAUUCUGUUCUCCUCUUUAUAUACAUAUGCAUUGUUCAUUAAGUACCUUGGGUUUUUUUUUUGUUUUUUGUUUUUUACCUAGCAAAACUGUAAAGAAAAAUUCUGAGUUGUCUUGUAGAUAUAUUGUGUAUGGACUUUGAUGCCAAUUCUAGCAUCCUGGUUGCCGGGGGGAACAGAACAAUGUUUCAUCAUUGGUAUUGUUCUCUGUUUCAUUUUUAGGAUACAGUAUUGUCUUCCCGUUUGAAAGCAUCACAGAGACCCACUAUCCAAGUUUGACCAUAGCACGAAGACAGCCCUGGUCAUUGGCUAAAUCUACUCGAAUAAUCCUCUGACAAGAUCUUCUCUAGCUACAAAUUAAAAUUUAUUUUCCUAUUAUAUAUAUAUAUUUUUUUUUUAUGUGUAUUAAAGGAUAGUGGGUCUUUGUGGGUCUUUCAUGGCUUUCUGCUUGGUUCCCCAUAAGGGCAGCUUAUUCAAAUAUUGUAAUAUGUAGCAAUGCGCAAGGCAGAUAUUAUGACAUUGGGCUGCUCAUGGGUUAGCAAAGGAUUGCUCUGCCUCAUUGCUUAGCUUGGGUAAUUGCUAUCAAACUUUUAGUACAGGCGUCUGGGCACACAAAGACCCACUAAGGUGAUCCUAAUUACAGCUUUGUGAUGUGGGACUUGGGAGAUAAGUUACUUUGUAAGCAUACAAAUAUAUCUCAACUGAUUAAGUGCUCAAUAGCCGGUAGUCACUGUUAUUGCAAUUACAGUUGGGCACAGAUUGAUACUAAAAACUAUAAUGUUAACAACACAGACCAAAACUCUGGAACCAGGAAGGGAAACCUGCUCAAGGCACCUGAAUUUAUUGCCCAGUGGGGUUUUAUUUGUGAAGAGUAAUUGUACAGCUGUAAAGUUGUAAACAUGAAGCCGUAACCAUGGAAACCAAUAGAAUGUUCCUGUUGAUUGUUCCACUUUUAGAAUUUAGAUUACUCUUUAUAUAUAAAACCCCAUUUUAUAUAUUGCAUAUUUAAUGAGAAUGGCUGCAUCAGACUUUCUUCUUGUUAAUUCACUAGACUUGUGUACACUCUACAUCCAUACCAAAAGCCCAGUAGUACUUUGUGAUACUGGUAAUCAAAAAUCAAAUAUUCUGUUCUUAUGCCUUGAGCAAGGUUUUUAAUUACUCUCCAGCCGCCAAGAAACUGGAGGUACAACUGAUGAAUCCUACCAAAAAAAGUGACUCCUAGACAAACAGUCCUCUUUUGCACUAUUUUACUACAUGCUUUGUUUCUUAGUAAAACAAUUAAUUCUUUCCUUUGUGUAAGACCUGUAAAUCCCUUGCGUGAAAGUAUGGAGAAAGCUGUGCAAUCGAGGACAGUGCUGUUUGGAACACGUUCCAGUUGCAAACUUUCCCCAGCUCUACCCAGUGGCAUGAUGUAUGACCUUUCCAUUUUCAUUCUCUGCCUGUCUUCACAGUUACAGUGGGAGACGUGUUACAUGACAGAGACAUUAUUUAAUCUGCAUUUAAACAAUAAAAUUGAAACAUGCACAAUUUCACAUCUGUAGUUGAUAUGGUGCUUAGAGUGCCCUUUUAAAUGGCAAUAAAAUUAAUUCGUUAUUAGUUUAAAGAAUUAUUUCCAGGGAAAAGCUUGACACGAAUCUCAAAAUUUGGAUUCAAAUGGAUGCUUGUUCAUGAUUAGUUUUUUUAAAGAGAUGCAAAUGAAACGCACACAGUGAGAAUUAUUUGAUAUUCUUUUUUUUUUUUUUUUCAAGUGAAAUUCCAUUAAUAGUUACUGGACUAUUUGAAAUAAUGCUACAGGGUAAAAAUUCCUGGAUUAAGAGGCCAAACGUUUGUUUUACUUGUGUUUUCACAACUCUACAGAGGGUCUUUAGAUUUAACUGUACAUUAAUUUAUUAUACAUUCCUUCAAUCAUUGAAUGGACACUAUAGGCACCAAAACAACUUUAGCUUAAUGAAGCUGUUUUGGUGUAUAGGUCAUGCCCCUGCAGUCUCACUUCUCAAUUCUCUGCCAUUUUACACAGCCCUAGUCACACCUCCCUACACAGCCUUACUAAACACUUCCUGUAAACCAAGAUCUUAUGUUUAAACUUUCCUUAUAGCACACUCUGUUUAAUUUAGAAUGUCUCAUCUCCUGCUCUAUUAAUAGUAUUCUAGGCCCUGCAGGAGCCUCCUGCUGGUUAUUUAAAUUCAAUUUACAGAGCAGGAGAUAAAAACUUAUUAAGUAAGUUAGCAUCUGAUUGAAAAUUAAACCUUUUUUUUUUCCAUGCAGUCUGUUUGAGCCACAGCCAUGGAGCAAACAUGAUUUAACUCCUAAAUGGUAGACAGUUGGGCACUGAGACUGCAGGGGCAUGACCUGUACACCAAAACUGCUUCAUUAAGCUAAAGUUGUUUUGAUGCCCAUAGUGUCCCUUUAAGCAUAUGUCACUAAAUACCGUUAUAUCAUAGGACAGGGUUGUCAUUGCCCAGUUGUUUUAUUGUACAAAGUCUGUUUACUACAUAAUAAUUAUACAGUGUUAUCACAACCCCUUUCUGAAUACAUUAACAGAAUGAAUGAAUUAAGUAAGGCAUAAUCAAAGCUGGACGUUAACAUAUGUAUCAUUUGAGAGUUACCAGUGAUGUUAAACUCCAUGAAGUAAAAAUAAAAUCAUGUAUCUGAAUAGCGCUUUUGCAAGCUGGCCUAUUUUGUAACCUUUGUAGUUGCAGGGAUGUGUCCUUCCAAGCAUUGGGUAUCAGUCUUGCACUAAAAGCGUUAAAUAAAGACAGCAUUUCCCAUGUGCACGUGUGCAAGAAUGGAAGAGAAGAAUAUUCAUGUCCCCUUAAUCCCUUCUGCUAUCUACUAAGAUCUGUAAACUUACCGAACUCGUCAGCAGAAUAUCGAGUAUUGCUGCUGUGUACAUUAUAUUAAAACCUGGGUGUCCAGCUGUUUCCCUCUAGCUGGUUUUGAGGGAAAUCGGGGUGUACUAUAGCCUAGGCACAGGGUAUCGUAUGUACAAUUUCUUUAUUUUAUGUUUGACAGUUUAUCAAAUCAGUAUUUGAGUUUACAGACCUGCCCUAAUUAUUAAAUGUAGCGUUUAUUUUGGGAGUGGUACAUGAAUUUUCCAGUAUGAUCAGUGUAUUUAACAUUUGGCAUUAUGCUGUUACUCACCUCUUAUCACUCUCAGCCAAGCAUAAGGUGAUCUCCACGACACCUAGCGUAAUAGAGGUUUUCUGUUCCAGGUACAUGCUUUAAGAAAAACAAAGUUUAUUACAAUGCAGAUGUCGGCAAAUCUUUCAUAAUUAAUUAAUUAACUCUCUAAUUUAAUGUCUUGACUUUGUAAGACUGUUAUUGUGCCUUUUGCGCUAGAGAGAAUGUAUUGCAUACACAAUUAUAUUGAAUUUAUAUUCAAAAUGCACUGUUUAUAUAUGUAUCAAUUGAUGUUGAUUUAAUAAUGUAUGGUGUUAAUCAUUGAUCACAGUGGGUUCAAGCAUUUGCCCUAAUAUUGGCAAGGGUCAAGAUUUUGAAUACAAAAAUGUUACCAAUCCUUUAUUUUUAUUCUGAGUCUUCCCAUGCUCGUUUUGCCAAGGAUAGUUUUAUUAUAAUGUCCCUAAUUAUUAUGUCUGAUGAAAAUCUUUAAUCUGUCAUUACAUAUUUUCACAACCGUGCUUUAGCCACAAUCACAGAAGGCUGUGAUUCACUACAGCAGAGUAAAUGUUACACGAAAUUAGCACUUAAGGGUUCAUUGGACCUUUGUUUAUUUUUUAUGUAUCUCUUUUUUUAUUUUUAUUUUUGGCAUUGUCAUCUGAUUUUAGGGUCAUACUUUGCAAGCCUCAAAUAAUAUUUAAAAAGGUGAUUUUCACUCUAAUUCUUUAAUUCCCUUUAGAAUUUGCACGACUGCCUAAGUUUGAUUGAGCUGGACUAUUUUUGGUGCACUGCUUUUUAAACAAACACAUUAUAUAUAUAUAUAUCACUCACACUCUCUCCCUCCCCCUCUCUCUCUCCCUCCCUCUCUCCCCCAUCUCUCCCCCUUUCACCCUCUCUUUCUCCACCUCUUUCUCCCCCUCUCUCUCCCUCCUCCUCUCUCUCCCUCCUCCUCUCUCUCCCUCCCUCUAUCUCUCUCCCUCUAUCUCUCCCCUCUCUCUCUCUCCCCCUCUCCCUCUCUCCCCCUCUCUCUCUCCCUCUCUCUCUCUCACUCUCUCCCCCUCUCUCUCUCACUCUCUCCCUUUAUGGAAUAAACCAUUUUUUCACUUUAAUCUAGUUGUGAGUCACUAUCGAUUUAAGUACAAACGAUAGUUAAUCACUUUUGCAGAAUUGAUGUUCUGUAAAUUUACCAGAUUUCCAGUAUAUCUGUUAUACUUCUUGGGUAAGAUCCUGUUUCAGGAGAAUGUAGAAUGCAACUUAGAAAGUGAAAGCUGCUUGCAUUUAAAAAAUAUACAUAUAUUUAAUUUUAUUUUUUUCUACAUUAUUUUAAAAUCAUAGUAACACUUUAAAUGUUUUUUGGUCACUUGAAUGAAAAAGACAUAUCACUUUAGCCUCAUUUUUGGCUUUCUUAUGAACCAUAAACAGCAUUCCAAAAUGUUGUGCGUGUCCCCACCCCGUGCUAAUUUUAAAAUUAUUACAUUUAUGCAGUUCAGAUCUUUGGUGAUGACUUGCACUAAACAUCCUACAAUAUAUUAAAAUAUUUACUUUAACUUUCAUAGGAUGUCUUCUAUCCAUCGAUCAUGGGCACAGAAAAUGUUAAGUCAAUUAAAAGUGACAAAUCUUGCUCUUUGGGCCAAAGAAUGUCUCUACACGUAUACAAAACCACCAUUAGUAUAGUUACACACAUUGUAACCACGAUUCUACAGCAGUCGCAUAUUAAUUCCAAGUAUCUAAAUAGAUUCAUUUUAAAAAUCUUGCUUAAUUAGGUGUAAAUCCUUCAGAUAAAAUGGGGAUCACUUGGGAAAUAUGAUAUAUAAAAAUGCACUUUAUAAAAAUGCACAUUGGAUUCAAAUAGCUUUAUAACCUUUGUGGUGAAACUACAAACUUUUCAUUUUGGUGGUGGGUUUGUAUGCUGAUUAUAAGCAUACAUUUGAUUUAAAAAGAAAAAAUGUAUGGCUAAAAGCACAGUAGAUCUAUUCUAAUACAAUUGCUAGCUUUUUUUGAUUAUGCGCACAUUCACAUUUCCUUGCAAUGAUCUAUUCAAAUAAACCCCACAAAUCAGAUGACUUUAUGCUAAAUGAUAUAUGUGUGUUGCUGCAGCUGCUAUGUGUGUAAAUGUGUCAGAGCCGUUUGUGACGCUUGACUGGCAUUGAAUUGUGAUUGUUUCAAUAUUGUUACAAGGUUUUUGGGGGGUUGUAGAAAAAGAAAGCAGAAAAAAAAAUCAUGCAUUUGCAAUUUGUUCUUGGCUUAGGCUAUUUUGCUGUAAUGGGAGAAUAUAUUGACAUGUAACUAUGCAAAGAUGUUUAUUAAAAGAGUCAUUUAAUUGUGAAUUGUGUGAGUGUUUUUCUUAUUUUCAGAAACUCUUUUAUUCUUUAAAACCGGUUUUUGCUUUUUGUUUUUUUUGUUUUAGUGUUUAAUUUUAUAAUGUAGAUAAUUAAGAAAUAGUGCUCUUGGUGCUUAGAUUUUCCGUUUAGUAACUACCAGACCAAGGUUGAAAGAUUCAUUAAUGUUUCUUGGACUCUGAGAUGUACUAAAAUAAUGGGCAGAGCAUGUGACAUUGCAGAUUAUAAAAUCGUAAGAACAGGACCUUGGAAUUAGUUGAUAUGAUCUAACAGCCAGUGUAGCGAAUUGUGCAAAAUGCUACCAUAUCAUUGGCAAGAAUACAGUGUCAACAAGGGACAACAAACACCUCCCCAGUACUACCUCUUGUAUAUUAAACUAUAAAAAAAAAAUGCUUGUGGUAGACAUGACACAUACAAAAGGAUUCUAAAAUCGUUAGUGACAGCACGGGAUUGCACUACUUUAAAAUUUACAGAUUUCUUGAAUUGUAAUACGAUGGGCCAGGUAUACCUUCUAACUUGUACCUGUGGCCGCAAGUAUGUAGGGAAGACCUUUCCGGGUAUUUAAAGAAAGGAUGAAGGAACAUGUUAGGUCACCAAAUAAUAGGCUGGAUACACCUAUCUCUAGAUACCUCAAGGAAUUUCACGGGGGUGAUAAGAAUUUAAAAUUCUGAGGUCUUGAAUUCAUAAAUAGUGAUCUACGUCAUGGGAAAUAUGACAGGAUCUUGAGACAAAGAGAGUCCAAAUGGAUCUACAAACUGAAAACCCUCCAGCCUCAUGGUUUAAAUUAGGGUUUUUCGUUUGCACCUUUUAUCUAAUGAUGAUGACAGGGGAGGCAUCCCUAGUAGAGUUUGUAUAUAGUUUUUGAUAUAUGUAUAGGUGUAUAUAGGGUUGGACCUUGGAAUAUUGAUACCAAGUAUGUCCACUUGGAUGACUGCCGUCUGGCUAAUACAGUUGCAAGAAAAAGUAUGUGAACCCUUUGGAAUGAUAUGGAUUUCUGCACAAAUUGGUCAUAAAAUGUGAUCUGAUCAUCAUCUAAGUCACAACAAUAGACAAUCACAGUCUGCCUAAACUAAUAACACACAAAGAAUGAAAUGUUGCCAUGUUUUUAUUGAACACACCAUGUAAACAUUCACAGUGCAGGUGGAAAAAGUAUGUGAACCCUUGGAUUUAAUAACUGGUUGAACCUCCUUUGGCAGCAAUAACUUCAACCAAACGUUUCCUGUAGUUGCAGAUCAGACGUGCACAACGGUCAGGAGUAAUUCUUGACCAUUCCUCUUUACAGAACUGUUUCAGUUCAGCAAUAUUCUUGGGAUGUCUGGUGUGAAUCGCUUUCUUGAGGUCAUGCCACAGCAUCUGAAUCGGGUUGAGGUCAGGACUCUGACUGGGCCACUUAAGAAGGCGUAUUUUCUUGUAUUUAAGCCAUUCUGUUGUUGAUUUACUUCUAUGCUUUGGGUCAUUGUCCUGUUGCAACACCCAUCUUCUGUUGAGCUUCAGCUGGUAGACAGAUGGUCUUAAGUUCUCCUCCAAAAUGUCUUGAUAAACUUGGGAAUUAAUUUUUCCUUUGAUGAUAGCAAUCCGUCCAGGCCACAGCAAAGCAGCCCCAAACCAUGAUGCCCCCACCACCAUACUUCACAGUUGGGGUGAGGUUUUGAUGUUGGUGUGCUGUGCCUUUUUUUCGCCACUCAUAGUGUUGUGUGUUUCUUCCAAACAACUCAACUUUGGUUUCAUCUGUCCGCAGAAUAUUUUGCCAGUAUUGCUGUGGAACAUCCAGGUGCUCUUGUGCAAACUGUAAACGUGCAGCAAUGUUUUGUUUGGACAGUAGUGGCUUCCUCUGUGGUAUCCUCCCAUGAAAUCCAUUCUUGUUUAGUGUUUUACGUAUUGUAGAUUCGCUAACAGGGAUGUUAGCAUUUGCCAGUGACUUUUGUAAGUCUUUAGCUGAAACUCUAGGAUUCUUCUUCACCUCAUUGAGCAGUCUGCGCUGUGCUCUUGCAGUCAUCUUUACAGGACGGCCACUCCUAGGGAGAGUAGCAGCAGUGCUGAACUUUCUCCAUUUAUAGACAAUUUGUCUUACCGUGGACUGAUGAACAGCAAGGCUUUUGGAGAUACUUUUAUAACCCUUUCCAGCUUUAUGCAAGUCAACAAUUCUUAAUCGUAGGUCUUCUGAGAGUUCUUUUGUGCGAGGCAUCAUUCACAUCAGGCAAUGCUUCUUGUGAAAAGCAAACCCAGAACUGGUGUGUGUUUUUUAUAGGGCAGGGCAGCUGUAACCAACACCUCCAAUCUCAUCUCAUUGAUUGGACUCCAGUUGGCUGACAUCUCACUCCAAUUAGCUCUUGGAGAUGUCAUUAGUCUAGGGGUUCACAUACUUUUUCCACCUGCACUGUGAAUGUUUACAUGGUGUGUUCAAUAAAAACAUGGCAACAUUUCAUUCUUUGUGUGUUAUUAGUUUAAGCAGACUGUGAUUGUCUAUUGUUGUGACUUAAAUGAUAAUCAGAUCACAUUUUAUGACCAAUUUGUGCAGAAAUCCAUAUCAUUCCAAAGGGUUCACAUACUUUUUCUUGCAACUGUAUAUUGACUUUAUAACUCUGAUUUUGGGUAUUCCACUCUCUUCUUAAACUUUUUAAUUUGCUUUUCUUUUUAAUUUCUUUGAUUGGGCCUGAGAAUACAUAACCCUAUAUGGUUACAAUGUUUAAUUGCUCCUUCUCCCUAAUUUUUAUACUGUUCACACACAUGGUAGAUAUACACUAUGGACUUUGAUGUUCCAUUUAUCUAAUGUCAGAUUAUUUACAUUUUAGUGGAUGUGCCAUAUGAGGAAUUAGAUCUCUGUUUAAGAGAUCUAUUAAGAUCUUUUGUCCUGUUAAAUGGGGAUACCCCCUUGAAAGCUUUGCUCAUAUUUGGGUAUCCUUGUUGGGGAGAAAGAGUAAAAGCCUCCUACUAUGAAGGAAUGUGGCUUCCAGUGACCAUUAUGAAUAAGUGUGCCCCAAGGUAUGAUAGCUGUUACUGCUAAGGUACCCUCUGUGUGGUUACACGGUGAUGAAUUUAAUGGUUCACUUUGUUUGUUCUAACCAGCCGUGGGGGUUCGGUCUGUUAAUGACUGGUAUUUUUGUGCAACGAAUUCUGCACAUACAUUUUGAGCGCAUAGUAGCAUUUAGGGCUCUGUACAUGCGCGUUCUAAUGUAAAGUUUGUCUGAAAGACGCGCUGCUAUUUUGAUUGAAAGAAUUUUUACAUGAGUGGGAGGACCUACGCAGGCGCAAUGUAUUUGAUUCCUGCUGCAUGCAAGCGCAUACUAGGUUCCUGAUUGACAGGACCUCGGCGCAUGAGUAAGACUACACGGGAUAAUUUACAUAAUGGGAGGGACCACGUAUUCGUAGUGCACUCGAUCCUGGGAUAUACCUUCAGGUAUGAGACCCCCCCUUUUCCCACCUGUUUAGGAUGACUACUUAGUAACUCAGGCCCGUCCCAGUUAAGAGGGAGGGAUCUCUAGUUGAUUUAUAAAUGGCUUCGGCAGUACUCUGCCAUUUUGCUGCCCUUGUUUUUAUUAUGCACUAGUAGACUGCUAGACCAUGUACUUAUUUGGUUAAAUAGUUAGGGGUGCCUUUUGCCGGCUGAGCUUUCCCCGACUAUCCCAUAGAGUCAUGGGGAUUGAACUAUAGGCUUCUAUCUACAGCUAUCUGGCUUCCCUCAAGCCACCUUUCUUACUUUAUUUUCAAUUAUCCUCAACCUCCUAUCCUUUCGAUUUACCUUUUUUUUGCUACAAAAUUUGAGUGUACUACUCCCUUGCCCAUUUAGUGGUAUUCUUUGGGUUUUUUUCCACUCUAGUAGCGGGAUUUAGGGAAUUAGCUCCCUUAUGUGUGACAAUUAUUAUAGUGACAUUUAAAUACACCUUUAUGUUACCACCACACGGGCUAAAAAUGGCUGUAUUUUUUCCUGACUAUUACUAGUCGGUUUUGGACAGGAGAUGUGAGACACUGUAGGAUUCUAUCAUUUUUUGUUUGGCUCCUUAAUUGUAGGGGACUAUGGGAUCAGUCCAAUAAAAGAUUUAACACUCGGUACAUCCUAUUAUUUAUUUGGCUCCUUAAUUGUAGAGGACUAUGGGACUAGUCCGAUAUACGAUUUAACACUCGGUACAUCCUAUUAUUUAUUUGGCUCCUUAAUUGUAGGGGACUAUGGGACUAGUCCGAUAUACGAUUUAACACUCGGUACAUCCUAUUAUUUAUUUGGCUCCUUAAUUGUAGGGGACUAUGAGAUCAGUCCGAUAUACGAUUUAACACUCGGUACAUCCUAUUAUUUAUUUGGUUCCUUAAUUGUAGGGGACUAUGGGACUAGUCCGAUAUACGAUUUAACACUCGGUACAUCUUAUUUAUUUGGUUCCUUAAUUGUAGGGGACUAUGGGAUAAGUCCGAUAUACGAUUUAACACUCGGUACAUCCUAUUAUUUAUUUGGCUCCUUAAUUGUAGGGGACUAUGGGACUAGUCCGAUAUACGAUUUAACACUCAGGUACAUCCUAUUAUUUAUUUGGCUCCUUAAUUGUAGGGGACUAUGGGAUAAGUCCGAUAUACGAUUUAACACUCGGUACAUCCUAUUAUUUAUUUGGCUCCUUAAUUGUAGGGGACUAUGGGAUCAGUCCGAUAUACAAUUUAACACUCGGUACACCCUAGUCUCUUUUCUAGUGUCUCAUAUGGAAGGUGAGGAUUUAUACUGUAUAUUUAAUCCUGUUCCCCAUUGCUCCAUAGAGGUCUAGUUGAAUCGUCUGCCUAAAUUGGAUUUUUCUCUUCUGGCAUUUUUCCAGGAGAUUUUGCAUUGUAGUAUACUGUUCUAGAGACUAAACACGAAUCGCAACAGUUUCUGGUUUUCUAACAAUAUGAUCUAUAGAUAAUCCACAGGUGACUGUUUAGAUUGCAACAGUCUACAGCUACAGAAUUGCAACACCUUCUAGUCCUUUAAUUUAGUGCUCUAGAUUGAAUCUAUUUGGGACUAUAUUCCCAAUACAAGGUGCUUUUUCAUGGUGAAUAUUUUUUUUUGUUUCCACUUGAGCAGUUGGUCUAGCAGUCUUUUUCAUUUUCUUUUCACAUCUAAGACCCACUAGGUGGUCUUCCACUGAUCUUUACGCUAUUCUUAGUGUCUUUUCUCUCCUUUUUUGAUUAUUAAUAAAAUUUGAUCAUCAUUACGUGCAAGGUUUUUUUAUAGUUUAAUAUACAAGAGGUAGUACUGGGGAGGUGUUUGUUGUCCCUUGUUAGCAAGGGUCCUCUCAUCUCUCCAGUUUCCGUUUUUAUUUCUUCUAGUUGUUUGUUCCCUAGGGUUAGGCGCUUUAUUACCGUCUCUUCAUCCUUGACCUAGUUCAUUCUGGAUCAAGGGGUGUUGUUUUUUCAAGAAUACAGUGUCAUUGAUGCAACAUAAUUUGGUUUACUUAUAUUUUCUACACCAAAAAAUGGCACACAUCACCCAUCAGACAAGAAAGCGUGUUAAACAAUAUAAGUGCAGGAAGUAUGGUGGACUAAAAUCACACUGUGUUGUCAGACAAUAAUGUACUCAAUCAAAAGUGAUAUUAACAAUCUUGAUUUAUUCAUUAUGUCUCUUCCUGCAGAUUUUAAAUUCUCCAUACUGGCCAUCAACAUAAAUAAAUGAUGUGUGGCAGGGAAAUUAAAUGGAUAUGAUACAUGUUAUCUAUGUUUUUUCCUCCUCUAAUUAAGAUAAUGUUACGAACACAGGUAUAGUAGAUACCCUGUUCGCCUAUUCCUCCCGAACUGCUGAGCCUGAGUGAUUAUAGCUGCAGUUCGGGUGUAGAUACGAAUAUUUUUCAGACGAAUGCAGCCACCAAGUAGUUUCUCCCCAACAAGUAGACAGUUACCCAAACAUGAGCCCAGACUUCAUGAAGGGUACAACAGGAAUGAAGUAAUAUUACAUAAUGCCCUGCACAGUGCUACUAAUUGUAGCUGUAAGUAAUGUAUAUGGGCAUUAUGCUUGCAUAUUGCAUCCAAUAGUUUUUUUGCUAUUCACUUUUCCAUUCUGGCGAUACGUUUGAUUCCUUAAAAAUAUCCGUUAUCAGAGAAUAUAGUUUUGCCCAGAAAAUGUGUCAUAAUUGGUUUUUCUGCUUCUAAAAUGACUUCAGACAGUGCCUCAAAAAUAUAAGGAUUUCUAUUUAACCACCAAAAUUCUAUAUCACCGCUAUCUCUGUAAAAUGUUGACAUAUUGUUAACAUUUAAUUGAAGAUAUCAGUGAUCAGUAAUCUAUACACAAAAGGUCAUCCUAAAUUUAUGUGCUAGCUAUUCAGCUCAAUUUUAAAAUAAAUGUAUUUAACCAAAUAAACUUGUUAGAGUAGAGGUUAGCAUUCGAACAAAUCAAAUGCCUUUUAAUCUCCACCUGAGGAAGUGAUUCAUCCCAGAUUUACCUGUGAAAUCUUAUUGAUUUAAUAAAACUCCACAUGUAAAUCCCUGAUGGACCGAUUCGUUUGGUCACAUAUUAAAAGGCAUUUGAUUCAUUCGUACUUCCUUAACCCCUUAAGGACACAUGAUGGAAAUAUUCCUUCAUGAUUCCCUUUUAUUCCAGAAGUUAUGUCCUUAAUGUAGUUAGCAUCCAAGUGUGUUCUGAUAUUAAAAGCGGCACCAUCACGUGACAUCGUCGCUGGGGGUCCAAUGGCAAGGGGGGGGGAGGGAUCCUGUGACAUCGCGGAAUCCUUCAUAGAUGGAACCAAUUCCCUGCAGCGGUCACUAGUGACAGCUAGGGGGACUGACACUUCUAGACAGCAAUAGCUCUGCCCAGGUAACAGUCCCUACUUUUUAUAAUAUAAUUAUUUCUAUUCUGUUUCUAAGGUGAGUGGGGCAGUAGUUUUACAUUUAGUUAGUAAGUAUAUUUACAUUUUUUAUUUUAUUUGUUUUUAUGUUCAAUUGUAAAAAAGACAUGAAACAUAAGUGGGGAUAUUCUCCCAUAUAAACUUUAGUCUUUAAUAAAAAAUAUGUAAAAAUCCCCAAAAGCCAUGUUAUUGUGGGAUUUUAUUGUUGAAGGUCCGAAAAGAAGUCCGAUCUCACAGGAAAGGUUUGUGUUUUUUUUGAUAAAUCUCGACUCUCCUUGUAGUAGCUGGACAAUGUGUUCGUAUUUAGCUUGUCCCUGCAGAUGCUUUGAGAAUGACUGUGAAGGGUCACGUUGAACAUUCAUCCUGUAGCUUUGUCUUUUGCCAAGAGGCUCGUUUUCCCUGUACCUGCACGUCUGACAGGUACAGCUGAUUCAUGCUAUAACCUCUUGUAACACCUUGCUUAUUGCAUAAGUCGCACAUCAUGCCAUCUGUCGCUGCCUUCCGCAUACCAUCCUUCGUUCACACAGUAUCCCAAGAAGUACAACCAAAAGUGACAGUAUUGAUCUGGAUACCCAUUCGCAAUGAAGCACAUGUUCUGUAUGAUAGUGGAAAAAGAAUUUGACGAAAUGUAUCAGAGAGGAUUUAAAUCACAGGCAAACCCAUUGAUCCUGAAAGAAAAGGAGGCCCUGCAAUUAUUGUCUGAGGGAAUCCAUAAAAACAUGUGCGCCUCUCUUAUGAGCCUAAACAGCUGUAAGUACGCUAAGAGCAUCUAAAUGUAUUUAAGGGUGGCAGUCUGUAUGUGUGCUUUCAAGGUAGUGGUUGGCACUGGAAUGUGUGAUUUAGGAAAGUUUUAUAAUUGUGUUGUACCUGCCAGCUGCCCUGAAUAUCUCAGAACAGUCCUUAAUCCUGAUUCCCAGUCUAAUAACCAUAGACACAGUGUAGCUUGCUAGUUUCUUAUAGCAGUGGGCAGGGUACUUUUAUAGUAGAAAUCGCCAUGGUAACCAAUGUUAUUAGCAGCAGCAUUCUAUUUAUUUCCGUGGUGAUGGCUUCUAUUUUUAAAUCCUUCAUAUUAUCCAUUUGAUAGGAUAUUGUAAUCAUUUAUCUAUGUAAAAAUGUAAUGUUAUUAUAUACAGCUUUUUCUAUUAAGAGUGUGAUCCCCUGUAGCUCAAUGUUCUAUGGAUUUAAUAUAACAUUUAACCCACUGGGUGCCAGUUUCUGGAAGUUUUCUUUUGUGAUUAUAGUGCUAAAAGGCAUUGUGUGCCCCCUUUUUUUUUUUUUUAAUAUAUAAUAAAUUAUGUGUCCCUCCUUCAUCUGUCAUGCAAAUGGUUAACCACUAGCUCUUGUUGUAAAGCAAUUAAUGCUAAUUUGAAAGUAUUCUUUGUGCCAGUAUCCCAGGAUAUGGAAUGCUAGUCCGCACAUGUCCGUACGGUACACCUAGAAUAGCUAUCUUUAUAUAACAUUAUUAUUGCAUUGUAUUAAUACUGCGUGAGAGUUCUGAGACAGUGUAUAGGCAAGUCAUCUGUGGAAUUAAUUCAUUUAUAGAUCACAAAUGUUAGCAGAUUAUUGGUAGUUUUUAUAGCACUUUUGAGAGUCAUUGAUAUAUCUCUACAUUACCGUUCUAAAAGGGGCACGCUGUAAGAUGGUGGAAAAGGAAUAUGAUGAAAUGUAUCAAAAGCCUGCUGCCAGGCCUAUAGCGGCACUGUCACCGUCUGCGGACUUUGCAGAAUUCGCAAAGACCCCUUAUGGCUACAUCACCACUGGGGGAUGAGGGGGGGCAGAGGAAGGGACAAAAAGUGGUGUUAGGCUCUCCUAAAUUUUUUAUAUGUUAUUAUAAUACAGUCAAGUCCAAAAAUACCUAAACAAUAAUGUGUCAUGCUGAAUUAGGAUAUAACAUUAAGGUUAUCCUCUAAAGUGAGAUUGCAAAGUGACUUUCAAAUUUAAGGCCAAAAUAGUCAAAUAAAAUUCGGCAAUGCUUUCAAUUCGGCUGCAUUAGCUGAAAACGUGAAAUUUGCUUUAGUAAAUGACCCUCUAAAAAUAUUACAGAAAUAUCAGUGGUGACUGUAGGUCCUGGCGGAUAACCCUCCUUUUAUUCCUGGACGUCCACCUUGUCUUGUACUCGUUAGUCCAUCUAAUGCGAUACUAAGGAAUAUGUUGGUAGGUUUUGGUUUAUUACAGGGAGUAAAUGCACAAAUAAUGCAUAAUCUUGCAUAAUCCAGUGGUCAAAUUUCCUCGUUGGUGUUGUAAAACUCCCUAAUUGAUUAAAUUUGUAUUUUUAGAGAUGUCCUCUGAUAUGUGGAAGUACCAAAAUAAAUAGUGUGUCUGCAUGUUAAUAUAGAGUGUGUAUAUAAUCUGUAUGAUAUAGUCUUCUAUAUUUCUUAGAGGGACACUAUGGGCCAGGGAUAGGCAACCUCUGGCACUCCAAAUGUCGUGGACUACAUCCCCCAAAAUGCUGGCAAGCAUCAUGGGAGGUGUAGUCCAAAACAUCUGGAAUGCAAAAGGUUGCCUAUGCCUGCUAUAAGCACUUCAGCUCAUUGAAGUGUUCUGGGGGCAAUGUCACUGUCCCCCUUGAGAAACUGCGAUGAUUACAUUCCAGGACUAAGACUGCCUCUAUUGGCUGUCAAUUCGACAGCCACUAGAGGCACUUACAGGAUCUUGCUGGACGUCCUCACUCUCGGCAUGAGAACACCCAGCGUCAAUUUUUAACACGAUAGGGUUAGGAAUACAUGCUUGUGUUCCUGACCCUAUAGUGUUCCUUUAAUUACGUAUAUAAAGUCACACCAUUUAUUGGAAUUGUGUUCAGUAAAUUAUCAUGCAGCAUCCGGAUAUUUUAUUUAGACCUGUCUGUGGCCCUCUUAGACUUCCCAUGGGCACAUAAUUAAUGCUGAUGGGUAGCAAGCAAGAGUGGUAAUAUGUUCAAUACACAUGCUGCAGGAGUGAAAACUAUCACUGUGUUCCAUUAGGAUUUCUCUUGGAGUAACUGAAUUCCUUCCUGCAACAUGUGAAUUCUACCUACUGCAGGGCAGCACUUUUUAUUUGCUGUCCAUCGAUAUGAUUAACCAUAUGUCCAGGAAGACAUGGUGGAUCUGGCAAUGUUAGUUCAGCAAGAAGGAAUGUGCUUAAUCAGACAGUGGGGAUCUAGGAUUUGUAUUCGUUUUUUUCAAUAUUUCAUUAUGCUGUACUGUAUUUUGACUUGGUUCUCUCGUCCCUGGAGACUUGGUGGUGCCUGGUUCCAUCCUCCCCACAGACCUGGUUCUCUCCUCUGUGGUGAGUUGGUGGAAGCUUGGUUCUCUCCUCCGUGGUGAGUUGGUGGAGACUUGGUUCCAUCCUCCCCACAGACCUGGUACUCUCCUCCCUGGUGAGUUGGUGGAAGCUUGGUUCUCUCCUCCAUGGUGAGUUGGUGGAGACUUGUGUUGGCUUGGUUCCAUGCUCCCCACAGACCUGGUACUCUCCUCCCUUGGUGUAGGCUUGGUUCUAUCUUCUUGCCAGACUUGGUUCUUUCCUACCAGGAGAGAGCUGAGUUGCACCUGCUCACAUGUGUGUUUGGGACUUUUAGUUCCACAGCAACUGGAGAUGUGAUAUUGCAAAAAUACCAGUGUCAUACAGAACAGGUUGCAAAAGUGAAAGGAUGGCAGACAGAAUUAAAUAGAUUCUAGCCAAAUACAAGAGUCUAUUGUCACUGUUUGUUGGCAGUUCAUUGUGUGAAUGAGUAAUGACAAUAAUAUUUAGACAUUGUUUUAUCUGAUAAGUGAUUUCUAAGCUAUGCGAUACCUUAAUUAAAUAGAUUGUUUGAAUGUGUUUCCUUUUGUCUGCAUUUUGAUUGCAGAUACUCACUGCAGAAUAUUUUAGGGUAAGAUUUAAUUACCUGUUAGAUGCUAAUCAGCAUGCAGAUGUCUUGUUCCCCUGCAUUAAUUAUAUAAAUAGUGGCAUUAAUUAUAGCUUGGGUAUAUGACAGUUGUCUUCCUGCUAUUAUCUAUGUUGUGUCUGUGUAACAUACACCAGAAAGAGAAUUUAACUAAUGGUUAAUGCCAUUCUGUGAUCAUGACGGGUAGAUAUAUAGGUAUUUUUAUGAUGCUACUUUUGAUCAUAUGUAACGUGAAUUCGUAGGGUUUUAAUCAUUAAAGGACCACUCUAGGCACCCAGAUCACUUCAGCUUAAUGAAGUGGUCUGGGUGCCUGGUCCAGCUAGGGUUAACCCAUUUUUUUUUAUAAACAUAGCAGUUUCUGUGAAACUGCUAUGUUUAUGAAUGGGUUAAGCCUUCCCCCAUUCCCUCUAGCGGCUGUCUCACUGACAGCCGCUAGAGGCGCUUGCGUGCUUCUCACUGUGAUUUUCACAGUGAGAGCACGCCAGCGUCCAUAGGAAAGCAUUGAUAAUGCUUUCCUAUGUGACAGGCUGAAUGCGCCCGCAUUCAGCCGACGGGGAGGAGAGAAGGAGGAUCGGAGGAGGAGAGCUCCCCGCCCAGCGCUGGAAAAAGAUAAGAUUUUCCCCCUUUCCCCCUUCCAGAGCCGGGCGGGAGGGGGAUCCUGAGGGUGGGGGCACCCUCAGGGCACUAUAGUGCCAGGAAAACGAUUAUGUUUUCCUGGCACUAUAGUGGUCCUUUAAAUCAUGAAUCCUGGUGAACUACAGAAUGCAAGAUUUAGAACAAAAUGUCCAGUAAGUUGUGUAAAUAGUCGGAAUAUAGAUUUUUAGUUUACUUUUUUUUUUUUUUUUUACAUCUAAGCAUUUUGGCAUAAAAGUUGUAGUUUAGUUUUCAGUUCACCAUUAUUAACUUUUUUGUGAAUAAGCCUCAUUACCACUCUCUCAAUGCUAUACCUACCUUUAUCAUUAUUCAAACCUUAAUCGAAUUAAAUUAGGUUAACUAGCUAUAUAUAUAUAUAUAAAGGCCCUCCCUAUUCAAGAGGAUCGUCUAUCUGAACGAUCUAGAUAUUAACUGGACUGUGAAGUCGUGGCCAGCUUAUGGAAAAAGCAGUCUGACUCCUCUACAUCUCAUGUUCUUAAAGGGACACUAUAGUCACCAGAACAACUACAGCUUAUUGAACUUGUUCUGGUGAGUAGAAUCAUUACCUUCAGGCUUUUUGCUGUAAACACUGUCUUUUCAGAGAAAAUGCAGUGUUUACAUUACAGCCUAGUGAUAACUUCACUGGCCACUCCUCAGAUAGCUGUUAGAGAUCCUUCCUGGGUCAUGGCUGCCUAAAAUGCAUCCAAACAUUCAGUAUCUCCUCCCUCUGAAUGCAGACACUGAACUUUCCUCAUAGAGAUUCAUUGAUUCAAUUCAUCUCUAUGAGGAGAUGCUGAUUGGCCAGGGCUGUGUUUGAAUUGUGCUGGCUCUGCCCCUGAUCUGUCUCUUUGUCAGUCUCAGCCAAUCCUAUGGGGAAGCUUUGUGAUUGGAUCAGGCUACCACUUCUACUGAUGUCAGCAGGCAGUGGGCAGGUCUAAAGGAAACAGGGACAUUGCAUGCAGCUGCCUACUUGAAUACAAGUAAGAUUUUACUAUUUUAGGGAGACAUGAGGGGACCAGGGUGGCUAGAUGGUGGUUUUAACCCUAUAGGGGCAGGAAUACAUGUUUGUGUUCCUGACCCUAUAGUGCUGCUUUAAGGGCUCUGUUAAACACUCUGUUAAAAACCUAAGGGCUGAUGCAAAUAAGAAAGUGGCAAAAUUAUUUUUCAGGAAUCCAUGAGUUUUGUGAUUACAUUGUCAUCAUCAAAAAUAUUGGGAAGGUACACCCAGUGGACAUCUAUCCAUUCAUAUAUCAAUUCAGCAUUCAUAGGACAGUUUGGUGUUAAAGAAUUUCCAUUUUUAGGGAACUAAAACCAAGGUUGAGAUGGUGGUUAGACGAUAAGAAUCUGGGGGCCGGGGCUUCACCGCUGACUGAGCAGGACGCAUGUUGGAGAAGCUCCUCAGUUAAUCUAUAACCGGAGUACAGAAUCCCAGUUAUUCAGAGACUAAACCUACUAUUAUCUGCCAGGGAGCAACCUAACCUUGGUGUGGACUCCGUUUCACAAGAAUUGUCGGUUAUCUCGUGAAGCUCCUGAGACUGCGAAGCUAGUUCUGGGCUGGAUGGCAGCCGAUUCCCUGUUGCUGGAUGAAAAAUCAUGUUUAAAGACCUGCCCCCAAACAGACAGGGGUUUUCCUGGUCCACAGAUACCUCCCUAGCAACACUGUGGCUACCUAAGCUUAGACCUUACGUGUACUACUCUUUAACACGAGUGCUGCUGUUCCAAGAUGGCUGGUGACUCUAUUUGCUAGCUACGAAGCUAUAACUCUGAGCCGGCAAACCGGUCCAUUCACAGGCUUCUCUACAAGAAGCAUGGCCCUUGUUAAUGUCAGGUGUGGGGGUGGACGUGUGCAUGGACCUGGAUUCCAGCCAAGUUUUUUUUUUUUUUAAAUCGAGUUGGUGCUAAUUUAUAGUGCCCAAUAGGGCAUAUUACACAGAAAAUUUGGAGUAACCUUUUAAAUUUGGAAUUCACUUUGAGUUCUCACUUUAGUGAACAACCACGUCAGACUUGCAUCAUCUGCAAAAUUAUAUAUUGGAUUUUUUUCCCCCCAGAGGAUCUGAAAAGUAAGCGAUCACUUUUUUACUCUCUCAGCAUUUUCAAACCUUGUUGGUAUAGUAGAUCCAUUAGUCUCCAACUGUCUUCAACUGAUAAAAUAUCCAAGAAUAUUGAGAAAUGUAUGGUAAGUUAUAGGAAGUAUAAAAUUACAUUUUCCCCUUAAAGGAACACUAUAGUCACCUAAAUUACUUUAGCUAAAUAAAGCAGUUUUAGUGUAUAGAUCAUUCCCCUGCAAUUUCACUGCUCAAUUCACUGUCAUUUAGGAGUUAAAACACCUCCCCUGGCUAUGAUUGACAGCGCCUGCAUGAAAAAAAAAAACUGGUUUCACUUUCAAACAGAUGUAAUUUACCUUAAAUAAUUGUAUCUCAAUCUCUAAAUUGAACUUUAAUUACACACAGGAGGCUCUUGCAGGGUCUAGCAAGCUAUUAACAUAGCAGGGGAUAAGGAAAUCUUAAUUAAACAGAACUUGCAAUAAAGAAAGUCUAAAUAGGGCUCUCUUUACAGGAAGUGUUUAUGGAAGGCUGUGCAAGUCACAUGCAAGUAGGUGUGACUAGGGUUCAUAAACAAAGGGAUUUAACUCCUAAAUGGCAGAGGAUUGAGCAGUGAGGCUGCAGGGGCAUGUUCUAUACACCAAAACUGCUUCAUUAAGCUAAAGUUGUUCAGGUGACUAUAGUGUCCCUUUAACUGAAUACACCAAAAACAAUGUUAAAAACGAUUCAGCUCUGGCACAGCAGCAAAGGUGAUUAAAAAAAAAUAUAGGGAAAAAAAUUAUAAGUUCUGUAAAACAAGCUAUUCAGCUAUGGAUAAGAUACGCUUUUGUUUUGUAUUAGUGAAUAGAGUAAUUAUUAUCUACAUAGUUAAAUAUUUUUGUUUCAUAUUCAAGUUGAUAAUCUGCAUGUAUUACUUUUGAAUAUUAGGGAAACACCAUAAAGAUGGGAGUCUAAGUUGUUGUUUUUUUUCUCCUGCAGGGUGCGCCGACCUCCAGUCUCUGGAUACGAUGCAGCCCAUGGAGAGAAAGAGGCAGGGUUAUAUUCAUGAACUAAUCCAGACUGAAGAAAGAUACAUGGAUGAUCUUCAGCUUGUAUUGGAGGUCCGUUUAAUGCAUUAGAAGAAAUUGAUCAACCUGAACUAUCAACUUACCAGUCCUUCCUGUUCCAGCUCACGUCCCUAUUAGUGAUGUCCCGAACUGUUCGCCGCGGACUCAUCAUUGAGUAAACUUUGACCCUGUACCUCACAGUCAGCAGACACAUUCCAGCCAAUCUGCAGCAGACCCUCCCACCUCCUGGACAGCUCACUAAGAAUGCAGCUUCACAAUGGAUGCUGUCCAGGAGGUGGGAGGGUCUGGGAGGGAGGCUCUGCUGCUGAUUGGCUGGAAUGUGUCUGCUGACUGUGAGGUACAGGGUCAAAGUUUACUCAAUGAUGAGUCCGUGGCGAACAGUUCGGGACAUCACUAGUCCCUAUCAUUCCAGUCCUUCCUGUUCCAGUUCACGCCGCUAUACUUCCUGUUCCAGCUCAUGUCCCUAUCCUUCCAGUCCUUCCUGUUCCAGUUCAUGCGCAUAUACUUCCUGUUCCAGCUUAUGUCCCUAUCCUUCCAGUCCUUCCUGUUCCAGUUCAUGCGGGGAUACUACCUGUUCCAGCUCAUGUCCCUAUCCUUCCAGUCUUUUCUGUUCCAGUUCAUGUGCGUAUACUUCCUGUUCCAGCUCAUGUCCCUAUCCUUCCAGUCUUUUCUGUUCCAGCUCACACCCUUAUACUUCCAGUCCUUCCUGUUCCAGCUAUAUGUCCUUUCUGUUCCAGCUCAUGUCCCUAUACUUCCAGUCCGUCCUAUUCCAGCUAAAUGCUGCUGUCCUUUGUUCCAGCUCAUGUCCUUAUACUUCCAGUCCUUCCUCUUCCUGCUAAAGGCUGCUGUCCUUUCUGUUCCAGCUCAUGUCCCUAUACUUCCAGUCCUUCCUGUUCUUGCUAAAUGAUGCUGUCCUUUCUGUUCCAGCUCAUGUCCCUAUGCUUCCAGUCCUUCCCAUCCUGCUAAAUGCUGCUGUCCUUUAUUUUCCAGCUUAUGUCCCUAUACUUCCAGUCCUUCCUGUUCCUGCUAAAGGCUGCUGUCCUUUCUGUUCCAGCUCAUGUCCCUAUACUUCCAGUCCUUCCUGUUCUUGCUAAAGGCUGCUAUCCUUUCUGUUCCAGCUCAUGUCUCUGUACUUCCAGUCCUUCCUAUUCCAGCUAAAUGCUGCUGUCCUUUCUUUUCCAGCUCAUGUUCCUAUACUUCCAGUCCUUCCUGUUCCUGCUAAAGGCUGCUGUCCUUUCUGUUCCAGCUCAUGUCCCUAUACUUCCAGUCCUUCCUGUUCCUGCUAAAUGCUGCUGUCCUUUUUUUUCCAGCUUGUGUCCCUAUCCUUCCAGUCCUUUCUGUUCCAGCUCAUGUCCCUAUUCUUCCAGUCCUUCCUGUUCCAGCUAAAUUCUGCUGUCCUUUCUGUUCCAGCUCAUGUCCCUAUACUUCCAGUUCUUCCUAUUCCAGCUAAAUGCUGAUGUACUUUCUGUUCCAGCUCAUGUCUCUAUACUUCCAGUCCUUCCUGUUCUUGCUAAAUGCUGCUGUCCUUUCUGUUCCAGCUCAUGUCCCUAUACUUCCAGUCCUUCCUAUUCCAGCUAAAUGCUGCUGUCCUUUCUGUUCCAGCUCAUGUCCCUAUACUACCAGUCUUUCCUGUUCCUGCUAAAUGCUGCUGUCCUUUCUGUUCCAGCUCAUGUCCCUUACCUUCCAGUCCUUCCUGUUCCAGCUCGUGUCCCUAUCCUUCCAGUCCUUCCUGUUCCAGCUAAAUGCUCCUGUCCUUUCUGUUCCAGCUCAUGUCCCUAUCCUUCCAGUCCUUCCUGUUCCAGCUAAAUGCUGCUGUCCUUCCUGUUCCAGCUCGUGUCCCUAUCCUUCCAGUCCUUCCUGUUCCAGCUAAAUGCUCCUGUCCUUUCUGUUCCAGCUGAUGUCCCUAUACUUCCAGUCCUUCCUGUUCCAGCUAAAUGCUGCUGUCCUACUCAUUUUUUCCUUUUCCAGUUUCUGACAUUAUUCCCAUUUCUUCCUGUUCCAGCCCAUACCACUCUACUUCCCAUUCCUUCUUUCUCCAAUCCCUGCUGUUUUCUUCACAAUUAAAUGCUUUCCAAGCUACUGCCACAAUCCUUUCCACUCCAUCCUGUUCCUUCUUGUGCUUUUAUUUUUUAUUACCAUGCCAUUACCAUUCCCAAUGCCCCAUGCCACUGCCAUUGACCCAUGCGGUUACCAUUCUCAUUGCUCCAUGCCGUUACUAUUGCCCCAUGCUGUUACCAUUCUCAUUGCUCCAUGCCGUUAUUAUUGCCCCAUGCUGUUACCAUUCUCAUUGCUCCAUGCCGUUACUAUUGCCCCAUGCUGUUACCAUUCUCAUUGCUCCAUGCCGUUACUAUUGCCCCAUGCUGUUACCAUUCUCAUUGCUCCAUGCCGUUAUUAUUGCCCCAUGCUGUUACCAUUCUCAUUGCUCCAUGCCGUUACUAUUGCCCCAUGCUGUUACCAUUCUCAUUGCUCCAUGCCGUUACUAUUGCCCCAUGCUGUUACCAUUCUCAUUGCUUCAUGCCGUUACUAUUGCCCCAUGCUGUUACCAUUCUCAUUGCUCCAUGCCGUUAUUAUUGCCCCAUGCCAUUGUUUUUCCUUUUUCCUUUGCCAUCAGUAGCAUUUGUGCGUUACUGAAUAUUUAUUUGGAUUUUUCUUUUCAGGUUUUCCAUAAACCAAUGGCGGAGUCUGGCUUUCUCAAUGAAGCAGAGAUGGGUCUUAUAUUUGUUAACUGGAAGGAGCUCAUUAUGUCCAAUACCAAGCUACUGAAGUAAGUUCAAUCUGCAUAUCACGUAUAUACUGACAGAGACAUGCUUUCCCAAGUCUAGGAUACCUAUUCACUGCAGGCUUUUACCACUCUGAAUCGUCAAUUUACAGUUGUUGCAGCCCAUUGGCGUAUCAAUUCUGUACAAUACCAUGUAUUAGUUCUUCUCUUGCUGCUAGGAUAAAUACAAGGUGUGGUUUUUCUGUUUCUCAAUUUACUAUUUUUAUUUUAGUUUUUUUAUUGUAACCCAGUCAGCAGCACAAUAGGAAAGGGUCAUGGAAAUAGAAACAAUAUUGACAUUUUGUACGUUUCCAAUACCUAAAUCCUGGAAAACGUAAUUUUUCCAAAUCCUGAACAUUUUUACAUUUUGUAGAAUUUGGAACUAUUGUGGUAUAUAUUUUGGUUCUGUUCCUCGUGCAUGCCUAUUAGAAAAAGGUGCAGGGUAGUGACAGCUAACUUUGAAAUCCCAGAGGUUUGUGUACUUCAUUUACUUAGAUCUGUUGAGUAUGAUCAGAAACUUAGUUCACAGUUGUGGGGCUCCAAAGUAAGUCCACAUUCCUUUUACUCAUGCUGAGAACUAUGAGAAAUAUGGGCAAUUUAUGUGAUGUUGGUAAAGUAGAUAAGGAUAUAUGGUGGUAUAACUGCUACAAGCAUCGAAUAUGACAAUAGAAUGAUAUUUUAAGUGUUUAUUAGUAAUGGCCUUUGCUUGUGGCCUGACUGUCGGACAUAAGCAAACACUUAUUUUUCUUUUAGAGCCUUGCGUGUCCGUAAGAAGACAGGGGGAGAGAAAAUGCCAGUUCAGAUGAUCGGAGACAUUCUUGCCAAUGAGCUAUCCCAUAUGCAGGCCUAUAUACGCUUCUGCAGCUGUCAGCUCAAUGGUGCCAGCCUAGUACAGACAAAGACGGAUGAAGAACCAGAAUUUAAAGACUUCUUAAAGGUUGGUCAACUGAUGUCACUGAAUAUAAAUCUCUGAUUUGGUCCAAAUGCAUCAAUCUUGUGUAUGUAGAAUACUCACUGCCUUCAGUCCUAUCCUCUCAGAGAGUCAGAGAGAGCCCAAGCCACCAGUUCUAAAUACAUUGUGUGAUGAGUGGAACCGCCGCUAGAGUCUGGGCUGGAUUUAUUAAUCAGUUUUGUGGCAUACGAUCAUACCUCUUAGGGGUUCUCUGCUGCUGAGUUUAGUCCGUAGUAAUGCAGAAACUUGAAUAACUUGGAAGGUGUGUGUGUGUGUGUGUGUGUAUAUAUAUAUAUAUAUAUAUGUAUGUGUGUAUAUAUAUAUAUAUAUAUAUAUAUAUAUAUAUAUAUAUAUACACAUAUAAUCACACUGCGCGUCAACAUUUUGGACCUGGACCAGGUGCUUUCUCAAGUCAAGAUAGUCAAUAUAACAUGUGUUUGAAAUUAGAAACAUGGAUUUGUGAUGAUAGGUAAAAGCGUUUAUCUCCUUAAUCUGCCCCUUUAAUUGAAGGUAAAGGGUUUUUGUCUGUUGGUUAAAGUCUAUUCUGUAAUUUGGUAAAACUAAGAAUGCAUUGUUAUCUGUUACUUAGCGACUGGCUACUGAUCCACGGUGUAAAGGCAUGCCCCUUUCCAGCUUCCUGCUGAAACCCAUGCAGCGGAUAACCCGAUACCCACUGAUCAUCAAGAGUGUGAGUAUCCUGGAGAACCAACACAGUUUACCUGAACAAAGGGUUAAAGGGAUGUUCGAGCCUGGAGUUCACUCAUUUUUUCUUUACUGGUUUAUACAGACAAUGUAUUAAACAAAUGCAAGCAUAUUGAAUUAGAAGUAAGAAGAAAAAAAAAAAAGCUCACAUUUUACAUUCUUGUAUUUGCUGUAAAUCCCCACAUUUUGCAGAAUCUACAGUUAUCUCUCUUCUCUUUAGGAAGUGACACAGCCAGUCAUGAUGCUUCUGUUGUAUAAUAGCUUUAGUUGCUCAUUAAUUUGAUAAGUUAAUCUAAAAUUAAACAAACAAAACAAUAAUAUCAAAUAACGGUAGGUGACGUGUUUGUUUCCAUCAGAUCCUGGAGAACACCCCAGAAGUACACCCAGAUCACAGUACCUUGCGGUUUGCACUGGAACGGGCAGAGGAGUUGUGUUCGCAGGUUAAUGAAGGCGUGAGAGAAAAAGAGAAUUCCGAGAGACUGGAAUGGAUUCAGACACGUGUUCAAUGUGAAGGCCUCACCGAGGUGAGAAAUGUCCCAUAUAUCAGGCCUUGGCACCCAUGGAUCCAUCAUACCUUAUCACCUUCACAUCUACCCAAUUCUAUUAUGCACCACACACUCUUAAAUAAUUUAGUAUGUUUCAUCGUUUGUGUCCUACUGAUGGUCAAUUCCGGCAUCUAGUAAAAUAUGAUCUGAUUCUGAUCAUUGUAAAUAUUUGAAUGUUCUACACAAAAGGUUCAGUGGGUCCUUAUGGAUCCUGAUGUUCAUCCAGCAGGCCUACUUACAUGUCCACAUCUUUUCAUAGCCUUCCUGCUUUCCAUCUUUCAGCAGAUCAUAUUUAACUCCCUUACAAACUGCCUGGGCCCACGGAAAUUACUGCACAGUGGAAAACUUUACAAAACGAAGAGUAACAAGGAACUGUAUGGCUUUCUCUUCAACGACUUCCUGCUACUCACCUACAUGGUCAAACAGUUUGUGUCUUCAGGGUCCGACAAGCUUUUUAGCCCCAAAACCAACUCUCAGUUCAAGAUGUAUAAAAUGGUAAGCGUGAAAGAGCAAGACAAGUAAAAAAAAAAAAAAAAAACCUUGUUCUUUCUUUCCCUUUGGGAUAAGGGUAUGAAAAUAAAGCCACUUUAAAUAAAUUUGCAAAGUUGUAGAUUGGCUUCCAAAUACGCCAUGGUUUUUGUUUACAUUAUAUUGAGGAUAUUGAAGGAACCAUUUGAACCUAGCUUAUGUGAAACAUUUUAAAUUCCUUGUUUUCUUUUUGCAGCCAGUUUUCCUAAAUGAAGUUCUUGUUAAACUGCCCAGUGACCCAUCUAGUGAUGAGCCUGUAUUCCAUAUCUCCCAUAUUGACAGAGUCUACACACUGCGAACUGACAACAUCAAUGAAAGGUAAGCUCAUUCGUUUAAUAAUCCUUUUCCCAAUGACCUUGACACCAGGACAAGCUGAUAUUUAGGAAACAGCCGAUGUAGGAGCUGAAUAACAGAUAUCCUGAACCAGCAUGAUAUCAAAUGCUGCUGGCCCCCUCCACGCCACAGGCCCCAACACCCUGCGUGGCCUCACUGGUAUCCUCGACAGUAGGGGACCACUGAGGCAGUCCCCCCUCCGGUGAUGGCACAAACUGCAGAAGACCAUAUCCCUGCAUCUAAAUAUGCUCAAAGGCUUGCAGCAAUUCCUGAUGCAGAUGUGGGAGGAUGACCUAGCUGUAUUAACCACCGAAGUACAGGCUGUGGCAGCCCGCACACAGGCUACUGAAACAGGCCUCAAUGACCUGAAACGAGACUUUCAUGCCUUAGGCGAAACGGUCCAACGCUUAUAUCACAGGCCACAAUGGCCAGACAACUUAUAUAUAAUGGAUGAUAGGGGCAGGAGGAAAAACAUAAAAAUCAGAGGGGUCCAAGAGACACUGCCACUGUAAGAACUGCCUCAUUUCAUUUGGAGCUUAGUGGCAGCAGUGCUGCCGGCCAAACAGUUCUUAUUUGACGGAGUUUACAUAAUUGCAAAAUCACCUCAGGCCCCCACGUUGGCACCACGUGAUCUCAUCUAACGCUGCUUCACAAUGUCUGACAAGUUGGAACUGCUGGCUGCAUUUCAAGGGAAGACCCCUUAUGACUUUGAGACAUGACAAAUUACCCUCUUCCAGGACUUAAGUAUAGACACGCCCCUAUGGUGCAAAGCAAUACGGCCACUCACCAAACCACUUCAGGAAGCAGGAAUUACCUACAGGUGGGCGACACCAAAGACUCUCUAGAUAACUAAGGAGUUAAAACACUACAAGACCUCAGAUCCCAAAGAAGGCCCAGCUAUGAUAGCAGCACUGGAACUAACAAAUCAAAACACAGCCCCGGCCUAAGCACCUUGCCCUUAACCACAGAAAACGGAGAGCAUGGACGCCUUCGAACCCAGAGGGAAGAGAGGCUCCACGACCUGACUAUAAGUCAACUGUAUUUUGUUUAUUUGUUAGGACAAUUUAUGUUACUCAAAUGGUUUUCUUCUCAUCCCUGUUGUUCCUAUCUCUGUCGUUGAACAAGUUACCCUUACCCUGCACACUGUUUAUAGGACAUGAGUGAUACUUACAGAGAACGCACCUUUCUACUCUGGUGCAUUACCCCCUACCCCAUGGCCCUAUGGCAAAAGGGCAUUAUUUUCAAUGGAGCUUCCCCGCUAUCAGAACAACUCGGUACUGAUAAAUGUAACCCUACCUGUAGCAACAAUAGCCAAGCAGUCCAGAGAGACCACUCACACACACUCAAGCUCCAACCCCCAUAGACUCAAACUAGCUGUGCCUUAACUAUAGACAGGAACAACGUCUCACCUAGUCCACUCACAACUAAGUUCUUAACCGCUAGCCGCCACACAAUGCAAACCUUAUUGACAACCCCCUUGACACAGGUACCUAACCAAUUUCCAUCCGCGGGGUGUUAACCUCAUGCAUAUCUCAGUGAAAUAGCCAGUCAUGAGUAAGGAGGCCAACCACACUAGGCCUAUUACCCACUUCGCCUUACCAAUACUAGGUUCCAAAUGCGUUGUUAGCAACCCCAGAGUGUUACACACUCUUAAUAUCAAUAUCCCACUUCUCGUUACAACCUACCAGACUAGUUUAAAAACAAACAAAAAAUAUGUGCAAAUUGUAUUUUUAAAAAAAAAUAGUAACUCCUGAAAGCAGAAUAUUUUAAUUUAUCUUUUUACUCACACAUGCAGAGUUCUUAUUUGGAAUUUUGAAGUCUGACCUCUAACGAGAACCUGUAAAGUCUUAAUUCCCUUUAAUACAAUCUUCAUGGUAGUCUGUCGAUCUCUGUUUUGAUGAUUACUGACCAGUUACAUGUCAGAGCUUGUCUGUCCUUCAAUGAAGUAACCACAUAAUUUUCUUUUCCUUUAAGGAUAAUUUCUAGAAAGUUGUGCAGAGAAGAAUUGAGACAGGAUGUGGGGUUGAAAAAAAAAUCCUACUUAUUUGUGAAUUUUCAAAUAUUUGUCUAAAUGUUAUGAUGUAUUCAUAUUUUAAAAAUACAAUAUGCAAUAUGAUUUUGUUUUAAAUUGUAUGUAUUGUAUGGAUUAUAAUACUCCUUUUAUAUGUUACAUGUUCUACAUGUACCAUGAACCCCUAAUGUGACCUUCAUGAUCUAACAGUUUUAUUUAAUGUUUUGUUAGAAAGGCCUGGGUCCAGAAAAUAAAAUCAGCAUCAGAACAAUUUCUGGAUACAGAGAAGAAGAAAAGAGAGAAGGCUUAUCAAGGUACCAACAUCCUAAAUAUUACCAAACCUUACUGUAAUUGGACAUCAUCACCCUUUACUAAUCUAUCAAAUGCGAAAAUGCCUUUUAGACUGGAAUGUGGAGAAAAAGCUAAAUGACAUGUUUAUCACAGCCCUAUAAGGGUUCAAGUUUACAGAGGGGCUCUGUACACAUUCUCAGUGUGCUAAUAGCAGAAUGUCUAGGAUUUUAGUAUAGUUAUCACCUUUGUACUUCUGGAACUUGUUAGGUAAACUACAUCUCCCAAAAAUCUUUGCUGUGCUUCCUGAAGAUAUGUACGUUAGGAGGAAGAUACGAAAAGGUACAGGAACCAGUCAAGUAUUCUAGAAUGGCGGAAGUCUUAUAGACUUGUGUAUUUGUACAAUCAGUAGAAUGCCAUUUCUCUUAUCUUCUUAAAUAAUUUCAUCUUCAUUGUUAAGAACACAUUUCUAUGUUGUGUUAACUGCUUCUGGAGAAAUACAAACAGUUACCUUUCACAUUCUGAAUAUAUUCAGCAGUCGAAUCACAUUGAAUUAUAUUGGUCUCUUCGUCUAUAGCAAGGUCACAGAAAUCAUCUGGAAUUGGACGGCUUAUGGUGCAAGUGAUCGAAGCGUCAGAACUAAAGGCCUGUAAACCCAAUGGUGAGAGCUGUAUUCUAUGUCAUCACAGCAUCAACGCUUGUUGUAACCAGAACACACAGUAGUUUUCAAUGGUUUUGUUUGUCCCCGUUUGUUCCACUGUGAUUACACAUAUUACAUUAAAUAGGGUAUGAAAUAUUUGUCCGUAUAUGUUUAUAUCUGAAGAAAUAAAAUAUACAGAAUUGCUUACUUAAUAACGAAUUGUGGAUAUUUAUAUAUUUUAGGUAAAAGUAGGUGAGUUGAAGAAUAUGUGUAAUACUGCUAUUUUGGCAUGAAUUUAGCAAUAUCCUUGCCAGCUUCAUUGUCUGGAUUAGCGAAUAGCCCAUCAUUAUUUUUUUCCAAAUGAACCAGUUGACCAUUUCAGUAGAGUCCGGAAGUUGAUAACUUCAGUGAUCACUACAUUUUGUUUACCAACCCCAACAUUAAAAGGUUUCUGAACUCCAGGCUUUGGAAUGCUUUAUGGUUUUGUGAGUAGUGUGUGAUGAGGACCUGUUAAUGAAAGAGCUAAAAUACCUAUCAAAACAAGGACAUUUGGGAAAAAACAAAAAAAACACCUUCUUAAAAAAAAAUAUGUAGACAUGUUAGCAAUUUAGUAGUCAUUAUGUGAACAUCAAAAUGACUCACCAUUAAAUGUCCAGCAGGGAGAUUGGUGGAUAAGUGUUGAUCAUUAAAAUUCCUAUAUAAUUGUUUUGGACAACACUGUUAUUUACACCAUCCUAACCUAAAUCACAUGUCACAGAGUUAGUUCAUUUAUCUUCAGAUACCAGUCAAUAGAUAGUAUAUAUGUAACUAUACACAAAUAGAAAACAGGAUAAAGGAAUAUUCCAGUGUUCUAAUAUUCCAUUUGUUCCGCAUCACAUGAAGUGAUACUACUUAUUCUCUGAGUGGCCACAGAUGGGCAGGCUUUGGAUGUUUAGAGAACCCUCCUUGCACAUUAACCACUAAAUAGGUUGUAUUUGUUAUGGUGCUUAGAAUGUCCCUUUAAUUCAUUAGAAAGCAUAGGGUACCAGUUUCGUGUUGUUUUUCAGAUGAAAGCUUUGCGUUGUAUUUAAUUUUGGUGCUCUUUUCUUCUAAAGGGAAGAGCAAUCCUUACUGUGAAGUGAGCAUGGGGUCUCAGAGCUACAGUACGCGAACAUUAACAGAUACCCUGAACCCUAAAUGGAAUUUCAAUUGCCAAUUUUUUCUCAAGGACAUUCACCAAGAUGUGCUGUGCAUCACGGUAUUCGACAGAGACCAGUUUUCACCAGAUGGUAAGUCUUUUCUCCUGGGUCGACAUUUAGCAUUAAAAUGCUGAGUGGAAAUAGCAACACUGCUAAAUGCCAACUAUAAAAGAUUUAAUCACUAAUGCAAUUCAAUUAUGUACUUAAUAAAUGUUGCCUAGCUUGCGCAUGCUCCUAAUUAGAGAUGCCAGGUAAUUAAUACAAACAGCCAAACCGUGAAAUAAUUACUAGUGAAUUACGGGUUGUUCAAAUAAACUUUAAAAUAGAGAUCAAAAUUACAUUAAAACUACUAACCAUCUGAGGUCCUCAUAGUUCAGUGCUAUAAUUUACCUUGAAUGUUGCAGUCAACAAGGUAAAACCACCUUAGUAAUAUGAGUGGGCAAACUGGCUCUAACAUCACCAAUAUUCAGUCAUGCAUACUUUACAGCAGUGAUGUGCUGAUGGGCCUAUCCAUAAACACAAUGCCAAAUUUGGAAGUGGUUGGGCUGUAGUUGCAGAAGAUUUUUCUAGUUUUAAUGUGUUUGUUUAUGAGACGGCAGUGGGCACCUGAUAUCCAAAACUGGAGGGCUGAAGUUUGGACAAAUAUUAGUUGCUGGUAGUGUGUAAUGGUGUGGGGAAUGUUUUAUUGACACAUGUAAGGCACCCAGCUUAAUACCAAAUCAUCUAAAUGCCACAGCAUACGUAUACAUUGUCGGCCACAUUCUUCUCAUUUUCCGAGGGAUACCUGCAGAAGCACAAUGCAUCAUUUCAUGACACACGCAAAAAAAAAACAUAAAGUCAUAAUGGAAUGCUUAGUAUGCUGCAAUGCAGAAUGGACCUAAUUAAUUGACAGGAUGUUUCCCUGCUUGGAUAUUGAACUUAUUGUCAAUGCUUGUGACAUCAGCAAUCAGUGAUUAACAAUUGCCGUAACAGCUGCGUAAAUGAAAACGCCUGUGAACAUUAUCAGUUAACCAGCUGAACCCACCACACACCUGUUUAAAGAAAGUAAACGUUUACUCUCUGACUGCUAUGAACUGAGGUUCAUGGGAAUUGUAGUCCAUCGCAGUGUUAGUAUCAGAGAGUUACUAUACGGUCUGUGUACGGAUGACGUAGCCAGUAGUCCUUAUAAUGCACUUUCUGUAACUCUUGGAAUUUGAAUACUUGGUGAUUGUAUUAGGCUACUCUUUAACCAGUACUUUUUAUUUCCUUGUUUAUCUUUCAGACUUUUUGGGGCGCACUGAGGUCCCUGUAGCCAAAAUCAGGAACGAACAAGACAGCAAAGGCCCCUCCACCAAACGUUUACUGCUACACGAAGUGCCAACAGGAGAAGUAUGGGUGCGGUUUGACCUUCAGCUCUUCUAGCUGAAGUACAUUCCACUGAUGGAUUGAACACUUAAGGGUAGUUUGGUGGAAUGUGAACCAACGUUUUAGAUUGCUUUAGUACUGACAUUCUGGAACCGUUUCACGACUGACUGUCUUGUUUCUGGAUGCAGCUUCUCCUGAUUGUCUUGUUCAUUGCAGACUACCUAUGCAAAUCCAGUAAUUAACAGCCAUUGUCACAGUGCCUUUUACUGAGCAAGUGCUUUCUUUUUUACAGUUUUUAUUUUAGGAGCGUUUUAAACCUUUAUUAUAUCUUUUCCCUUUCUUGCCAGAGCAUAGAAGCUGACAUUAGCAGGGUUUAUUACGUUUAUGUAGAUUGAGUGCACAUGUGAAUAGACAAUAACACAUCUAGAUUUACACCAUGGUUUUGGUUUGCAAUAUAACCUGGGCAUUAUCAUAAGCAGCCGUAGACAUAGAUAAAAAGAUCCAGAGCUUUCAGAGGAACUGUGCAAAAAAAAAAAAAAAAAACUCGAUUCCAUUGAAAAGAGGAAAAAGGAAAUUUGAUGUUUCAGUCCUUUUGAGAGACUUUUAUCAAAAGUAUCAAAUUGCAUUAGAACCGGAAUAUGGAUCUUUUUUUCAUUUUAUGUUUUAUAUCUCAUUGCAGGAACUUUAUCAGACUGGGUAAAAUGUUGUUUGUAUUACAUGACCUUUAUCCAGACCAUCAUAUUAAUGAAAAUUCUGCUACGGAAUCAAAAUAUGGAUCUUUUACUGAUAUUAUUGGUCCCAUUGAAAUAACUUUUUUCGACCAUGUUGCACUCCAAUUCCAAGGACCUUUAUCAACCUGCUUAACUUUCAGUUGACUGGAGGACCAAUAGGUAGUCUAGAGGUCAUGUAGCCGAAAGGCCACAAGUUGGUUCCUUCAUUAAUGUUUUGGUCCUAUUGUAAUGUUGAUCUUCUUUCGCAAACAUGUUGGUCCCGUUGCAGUCACUUUAUUAAGACAGGCAAUGUUUCAGUCAUUCUGGAGGAAAUUCAUCUAGGUGAUAACUUGAGUAACGAUCCUGCCUUAGAACUUGGAAUAUUCAGUUUUUGGUUCCGCAGUAGGACCUUUAUUUCCAGGACAUUUUUUACUUUUUUAGUUUUAGUCAGAAUCCUUUUUUUUUUUUUUUUUUGCACAAAUUCUUUAAAUUCUAUGAAACUUUUCUUCUUUCUCUCUCUAUAUAGACAGACAAUGAUAUAUAUUUAUAAAUAGACGGACAUAUGGAUAUGCGAAAUUCUCAACUAGAGAGUGCCUUGUCUCUGGAGGAGCUCAGAUUAACAAGAUUGCUUCCCUAUGGGAAAAUAAUUUAUGACCUGAUUUUAAGUGCAUUGUUUAUGUAAGGUUUUGUAUAAUAUUAAAAUGACAGAUAGCUAUAGAAUACAUUUGAGUGUUCUUCUGCAGAAUGCUGUAAAUGAAAGUGUAUAUGUUUAAUUAGUCAGUUAAACACGCGUAGUUACUUUUUGAGUUUAGUGAGAUUUAUAAUCACUAUUAAGUUUGAUCAUAGGAAUGGCUUAAAAGAAGCACACAUAUAUCCUACAUGUUGAGGGUUAUUCAUGAUUAUGGAGUGCAAUAUAGUGAUAUAGAUCAUAUUUUAGAGAUUUUAUAAAAACUGUUCACAAGCUACGGUCUGAUUUAAAUGGAAGAUGUGAACAAUAGUUCCAGAGAAGUAUCUAUUGCAUUUCUACUGUAUUUCUUGUAAAUAGGAUGGAUGGGAGGUUCAGUGCCCCAAACAAGUCAGAGAUAUAAAAUGAUUUUUUUUAAGGACCAUAAUUCAGAAUGGCCAGUCCUGGUCAGUAGAUAGAGGAAUAUUUAGAUCUGUUGGAAAAUUAGCUUUAAUGAUGAGAUUCCCAGUGCAAUAUUUAAAGCAGGGACAUUAUAUUUACAGUCCUUGAGAGCCACAAACAAACCAGAAUUUCAAGGUAAUACUUAGCAUGCUGGUCAGUGAUACGCUAUAUCAAAUGUUUCCUUAAAAGCCUAUUUUCUUCAGAAUGUCACAAUUCCCCACUCAUCUCACGGUUUAGUAAAUGCUUUCUGGCAUGCAGUCAUUGGGUUGGUUCUCUGCAGACAUCACAAGGUUUCUUAGGGCAGAGAUUUCUGUGACAGCUGACAUUUAGAGAGCUCAGUGGAAGAGUCCAUGGUGUCAGUGUCAAACAAUUCUGGUUUCCAUUCAGUCCUAUAUAUGAAUACUCCCCAUGCAUAUUUGUUUGACCCAUUCUAACAAGCUAUUCAGCUUAAUGGGACAAUUUAAACUUCAAACCCUGCAGUGGUUAUGAGUUCCGUGGCGCCAUACAGCUACAACCUGGGUUACUAUUCUUUACAAUUAAAUUUGACACUUACAUUGCUCUGUCAGAUGACUACAGUUAUUCUGGUCUGAGUUGAUCUGACAAAGCAGAAUUUAAUGCAUCACAUUAUCAUACAAACUCGUAUCUGGUUGAAACAGUAUUUGUUGGCUGAGCCGGUCACCUGGUUAAGGAGCAAUUUAGUUUGCUAUUCAAUAAACACACAGUUUCUCCUUUGCUUCUUGAUCCAACUCCUAGACCCCAAAAUGAACCCACUGUGACCAUUUCCAAUCAGGAACUGCGACAUGGCCAGUAACCCACUGUCCCAUAUAUUUGCUAAAUAGUGAGUUGGGUGGGGAUUUGACAACCAACUUAAAACAUUCAGGUAUUUAAACUGCUACAGAAAAGGUUCCAACAUUCUUUGCCCUGAAGUAUGCUGUUAUUAACAAGCAUUGACUGCAGCAUUCUUCAAGAGUCCCAAAAGGGUGCUAAUCCCUGAAUUUAAAGGUUAUCCGUGGCAUUAAAGGGAAAUGUAGUCCACAUGGGUUAAAGUGCAAUUGGUUGAGUAUACCAGUUUCUAUAAAACAGUGUUUAUAGUUCUCCUAAUCCUAGAGAAUAAAUUCUACAUAGCUAUAUAAAAUAAACAGCUGGGGUCUAGACUCAGGGGUUACGAACCACUAUUAAGACUCUUACAACUGGGUAGCCUUUACGAUUUACUUAAUUUAGGUUUAUUUCAUGUCACCAUAACACUGACUCAUGCACAAAAACAAGGUGUUUUUUGUGUGCGCAAUUCCACACGAAAUGCUAUUUCCUUGCAUUCGGUACAUCAAAGUUAAAUGCCAUUGGUAUAUCUGUAAAGCUCAAAAGGUAAAAAAUACAUAUAAUGUUAACAAAUCUGACUUUUGGUUUUUUUUUUAACUAAAGUGAGAUAAGCUCAUAAUUGCCAAGGGAACUGACAAUUUUAGUUCAAAAUGGAAAAAUCACCAACUUGGAUAUUUUUACAAGUUGGCUACAGAUUUUUAGUCUCCUUUUCAAAUCUCCAUAGUCCCCUGAAUAGGCAAAUUUGUUAUUGUCCUUUGAAACAGAAACAGCAGCAUUAUUUGUUUUUAAGAAUUACGAGUGAAUUUCUGCUACUUCUCCAUUAACUGAUCAAGUAACUCUGGGAAAAUUACUGAUGUAUGGGGCUCAAAAUUUCCACUUGCCCACAAAUCAAGAGCAAGUGGAAAUUCAUGGUCCGGUCACUGCCUAUGAGGUUACUCAGUGCUGUUUGAAAGCAGCAGCCUAUAAGAAGUCACACACGGUCAUCCGACAUCUGCAUGCAUACAGGGAAUGCUUCUAACCAUCCCUGCUCUUCUCCCGGCCACCAGACCUUCACUGUGACAGUUUUAAAAAAGCUAAUUCUCUUUCAUUUGGUUCUGACUUACAUGGCCUUUGCUGCGAAAUAUUUGGCAUAGAAGGUCCAGUACACACUAGGGACUGUUAGAUACUGCACAUUGCUGAUUCCUUGCCAAUUCACAGCUGUCAAACUGCCGGAGGAUCUGUCCUGUGCCAAAUAACAUUUCGGCCAGGCCACGAAUAUAGAACUUGAAAUAUUGAGCAGUGUGUGUCUAUAAUAUACACACAUACAGUGCGUAUAAUGGUUUGUGUCAUGAUUGUAUACCUAUGCCUUAACUCCUAAUUGCAAUGAAAAAGCAUUUUGUUGUGUUUUGGUUUUUUAUUGGUUUAAUAUGUUUCCUCAGGCUGCCUAAUGCAAUAUUUCUGAAGUGAUUAACACUGGCUGUAAAAUGUAUUUAAGUUUUUUUUAUUUUGUAUGAUUUAACAGUUAAGCUAUAUUGACUUGAGUUAUUUUAACAUAAAUUGACUUUGCUAUUAUGGUUUUUGACUAGUUUGUACUAACCCAAGACUUGGGAUUUAAUUUUUGUUUUAUUUUGGGGGGUUUUGAUCCUCAGAUCAGGCAGUUUUUUUUUUUAUAAAGUGAUAUGUUACCCAGAGAAGGAAAGUAUGAUUUGUGAAAUUAUAUCAAAUUUCUAUUUUGGAAUCUUAUUAAACGUGAAGAAUGAUAUUGCCAAUUCUUGAGCCUGGCCUUUGUGCUUCAGUUGUAAUGUCAGUAAGUACAUAAAAAUGAAAGUGCCCUGUAUGGCUUCUCUUGUAUUUUUGUCCCGACCUGCAAGUGUGCCCAGAAAUGUCUUUAAUAUUUGUUAAAUAGAGACCUUGCAUCGUGAUGAGAACAGAACAUUGAAAGCAAAUACAUCAAGAAAUAAAGGCACAGUGAUAGAGGAUACAACAUCCGUAAUAGAUAACAGACUAUAGUAGAAGGGGGGUAGAAUUGAUGCAAAUUUGGAAAGGCAUCAGGAAAGUGUCUGAAACAAAUGUUUCUGUGUUAAAUGGACAGAUUUGGAUAGGAGUGGUCAACAAGAGUAAUUCCACACACACACACGCGCGCGCGAUAGGACGAUGAAGAUUUAGAUGUUUUGGAAUUACUAUAGGGAAACCCUCUCAAUAGUUAAAUAAUUAUAUAAAAAAAAGAUUGACCUGUAAAAAAUCUCCCAUUGAAAGUUCCUGCAGUGAGCAGUGCCUAUUCCACAUAGUGACCCAGCCAGUCAGCAUGCUUACUUGUCUUUAUAUAGCAUUGAGUUUGUCCCAUACAUCCCUGCACAGUGGUGUAGGCAGCUAUACAAAGCUGAGCUUCAUUAUUAUUAUUAUUAUUAUUAUGUUCUUAUUUAUAUAGCGCCAACAAAUUCUGCAGCGCUUUACAGUGGGUGGACGAGUUGACAAGUUGGGCGCACCGUUGACUUAAUCUUCCAAACCUCAUGGACAGUAUUAGAGGAACACAAGGGAGACCCCAUAGGUUGUUAGAUCGAUGUACUUAAAUUUACUAAACUCAUAAUCUGUAUAUUCGUCUAUUGAAAAAAACAAAAACAGGUGAAUGUAUUUCAUUCAAUUUUCCUUUGCCCAUUAGUGAGUGAAAUGUCAGCCCUGGAGAGUGCACCAUGCACCCUCCGGACUGGUGAGUAACCUUUAGGCCUGAGUAGCUGUAGAUGAGUAGCUUUUAAGCCCAUCCACUGGUAUAGGGCUAGAGAUAUACAAGUCUGACAAGUUUUGUAGGCUGAGAAGAAGCCUUAUUUCUUCCUGUGAAAUUUUGAUGGCUUCUUUUUUUAUAAUCUAACUUCACACAGGAGACAGCUUUGCACAGAUAUGAUUCUGAUUAUUACUUUCUCGUGAGGUCAGAGCGUAAGCUUGAUGAGGUAAUGCAUGGGGAUUUUUACAAAAUUAAAGAAAUUUAUAUUUUAAAUUAUUUUGAAUUGAUUGCUUUUGUAUAUAUAUAUUUUUUUUAUUGCAUUAUUUCUACAUUGCCUUAAAAUCAUAGUCUGUUCCAACCCGGGUCACAUUUUUAAGGAUCCAUCCGGCACAAUACAUUUUCCACUGAAACGAGCUGGAUAAGAAAGGACUUUGUCACGGCAGGCAGUUAAACAGUUGGACAUGGGUCUCUUAAAGUGCCAAGCACUUAAUUGUGAGUGUGUGUUUUCAUCAUUCAUUACAAAAAUAUAAUGUUAUUCAGCUUAAAGAUAUAUCUAGCAUUGCAAAAUACCAAUGGACUGAAUAUUCACUACGUAUGACAUUCAGUUAACAGCAACUGACUGAUUGUUAAUAUUUCUUCUUUUAUACAAUAAGUUUACUAUUAUUUUACAUUUAACGGAGCAUUAAACUGUUCUGAUGUUUUUUGUUGUUUUUUAAAAACUAAAGAAACUGCCCUUGGUGAAUGAUAUAAUUUAUUUAAUCUAAUGACUAUCUUACUAUACAUAUAUAAUCUUAAUUACACUAAAAUGGAUAACACUGCAAUACUACAGAUAUUCAGUAUUCAUAUUAGGUAAAUUAAGGUAGCAACUGGUAAUUGACUUGGGUACAAACUUCCUAUCUUAUAUCCUUAAAUGUUUCAAAGUCAUCUUAGUCUUUACUGACAGAACUUAAAUGCCUGAGAUGGGGAGAAUAAGUGUUGCUUCUAUAAUAUUUCAGAUGCCUGACUACCAGAUCAGGCUUUUUUGGAUGCUGGAAGGGGGAGAGGUCUGGUCGGAGUUUUAGGUUUACGGUACUUCGUGUUACAGAACACUGGAGAAUGCCUGGCCUAAUUCCAUGCUUUGAAGUCCAUCGUUACUUUAUUAAAUGUUCCUCUCAUUCUUCGUCUACAAUGAAACAUUUGAUACAGUGUCAGAUAUUUAAUGGCUUUUAAUAUCAUAAAGAUAUUUAUAUAGAUAUAAACUAGAUAUUUAAUGG